CAACCAGGCGCCGCCUGGACUACAUUUCCCACGAUGCCCAACUGCCGGGCUCCUGCGGGAUUGGCUAGAACAACGAGGAAGUGAUUACGGGUCGCCCAGCAACGGGCGGAGUCCUGAAACUAGCUGCGCACGCCCCUUCCCUGCGGCUGGGAGGUUGACGAGGCUCCGUUCCAUAUCGGAGCACUCUCCGGCUUUACUGUCCAGCCCGGCGGCAGCGCGACCUCUUAGGCGCUUUCACCGCCUUGCUCUCCAGGCCCAGCCCCUUUGACGCCUGCAGCCGGGAUACUGCGGAAACUGGAGUUUAGCUUCGUGGUCGGCGGAGUGGUCCCCGGAGGGCGCAGUGCGCAGGCGUGAGUGGUGGAGACCCGACGCGCGUGGCGCUCGUUUGGAGUCGGAGUGAGUUCCUGGGCUACCGGACUCAGCAGCGAGCGAGCGAGCGAGCGGGUCAGGUGCCUCCUCCGUCUGCCAUGGCAGCGCUGCGCUACGCGGGACUGGAUGACACGGACAGUGAGGACGAGCUGCCCCCGGGUUGGGAGGAGAGAACCACCAAGGACGGCUGGGUUUACUACGCCAAUCACACCGAGGAGAAGACUCAGUGGGAACAUCCAAAAACUGGAAAAAGAAAACGAGUGGCAGGAGAUUUGCCAUAUGGAUGGGAACAAGAAACUGAUGAGAAUGGACAAGUGUUUUUUGUUGACCAUAUAAAUAAAAGGACUACCUACUUGGACCCGAGACUGGCGUUUACUGUGGAUGAUAAUCCGACCAAGCCAACGACCCGGCAGAGAUACGACGGCAGCACCACUGCCAUGGAAGUUCUCCAGGGCCGGGAUUUCACUGGCAAAGUGGUGGUGGUCACCGGAGCUAAUUCGGGAAUAGGGUUCGAAACUGCCAAGUCUUUUGCCCUCCAUGGUGCACACGUGAUCUUGGCCUGCAGGAACAUGGCAAGGGCGAGUGAAGCAGUGUCACGCAUUUUAGAAGAAUGGCAUAAAGCCAAGGUAGAAGCAAUGACCCUGGACCUUGCUCUGCUCCGUAGCGUGCAGCAUUUUGCUGAGGCGUUCAAGGCCAAGAAUGUGCCUCUCCAUGUGCUUGUGUGCAAUGCAGCAGCUUUUGCUCUCAGCUGGAGCCUCACAAAAGAUGGCCUGGAGACCAUCUUCCAGGUGAAUCAUCUGGGUCACUUCUACCUUGUCCAGCUCCUGCAGGAUGUCCUGUGCCGCUCAGCUCCUGCCCGUGUCAUUGUGGUCUCCUCAGAGUCCCAUCGAUUUACAGAUAUUAACGAUUCCUUGGGAAAACUGGACUUCAGUCGCCUCUCUCCAUCAAAAAGCGACUACUGGGCCAUGCUGGCUUACAACAGGUCCAAGCUCUGCAACAUUCUCUUCUCCAACGAGCUGCACCGACGCCUCUCCCCACGCGGGGUCACCUCGAAUGCAGUUCAUCCUGGGAAUAUGAUGUACUCCAACAUCCAUCGCGGCUGGUGGGUGUACACGCUGCUGUUUACCUUGGCGAGGCCUUUCACCAAGUCCAUGUGCCUCUUUCCAGCAUUGAGACAGGGUUGCAUAGAGAUGCUUGCACUGUGCGAACAGAGGCUGCAGAUGGACACAGGAUCUGCUCAGGGAGAUAAGAUCACCUGCUAAUUCUGCUUCCUCCGUCAGAGUCUGAAUGAUCAUUGAUGGGGACCGGAGCUGGGUUAGGUCUCUGGGAGCCCCCUCUGCUUGAGUGCGGGAGAUAGAUGCAAUGGGUAAUCACUUGCUGCUAUACCUUCUCUCCAUCUCUUUACAGCAGUUCCGACUACUGACUUUUAUUGUGUGGCAGCUAAUUGUAGGAUUCCAUUUCUCUAAAGUGAAGGCAAGAGAGGAAUGUGGUGUCUACCAUCCCUGCAGCCCUUUGGCCCCUUCCCCUCCCACGGCCUUGAAAUAGAUGGAAAGGGGACACAAGUGUCCUUAGAAAUAAAGACUUUAUUUCUCUCUGAUGCCACAGACCUUUGAAAUAUUUUUUUGAAAAGAAGGACUACCUUGGCUGUUAUGGUCUGUUAAUGAAAAAGGAAAUUGAAGCAAUCUCUUCCCUUAAAUCAUUAAGCUUGUGGUCUUUGUUACAAUGUAUGUUCACAAAUUCCCAGAGCCCUGUUCCCGUUGGCUGGGAUCAGGGUAAGAGAGAAUCAGACUCGGAAAUCCACCUCCAGUGCUUCUUAGAGGUGUAACCUAGAGCAAGGGGUUUGGCUUUCUUGGGCUGAUUUUCCUCUGUGGUGAAGUAGGGAUGACUUAUUUAGAGUGGACUGUGAAAUUCUGCACGCAAAGUUCCUUCCUUAGCACCUGAUACACACAAAGCGUAAGUCAUGGUUAGCUUCCAGUAAUGAAGUUGCUGAGAAGUUUAGAGCUAGUGUUUAUAAAGUGCUUGCCAGGGGGCCUUGUAUAUAGUUGGCAUUCUUUAAAUGCUGCCUCCUAUUCUAUCCUUAGGUUUAAGACACAGGCAUUACACUGUAAACCACCCCCAGAGUACACAUGCAUUUGAAAAUGUUACUGGGUAUAAUGUGGUGAUAUUCUCCUCCCUUCUGCCCUGUCUAAAUGAACUGUUUUUUGUUUGUUUGUUUGUUUGUUUGUUUGUUUUGUUUUGUUUUUUGAGAUGUAGUUUUGCUCCUGUUGCCCAGGCUGCAGUGCAGUGGUGCAAUCUCUGCUCACCCUGCCUCCCGCGUUCAAACAAUUCACCUGCCUCAGCCUCCUGAGUAGCCGGGAUUACAGGCAUGCGCCAUCACGCCUGCCUAAUCUUGUAUUUUUAGUAGAGAUGGGGUUUCUCCAUGUUGGUCCGGCUGGUCUCAAACUCCUGAUCUCAGGUGAUCUGCCUACCUCUGCCUCCAAAAGUGUUGGGAUUACAGGUGGGAGUCACCUCACCCAACCGAAGUUUGUAGUUUUAAUGUCAUGUCCUUGGAACUGUAGAUAACUGUUGAUUGGAGGGUGUGAGUUUCUCAGUUAAAUGAAUGCAUGAGGACCAUAUCCCUCCUGAAAGGCGUGAUCAGUGCCAGGAGACAGAAGCUGCCCACUGUGGGGCAGACUGAGAUACUGUGACCUGCCCCGGGGUCCUGUGAGAGACUGGCCAGUAAGGUGGGCUGAAUGCAUCCUUACCCACUGAGCUGAGUUCUCUCUGCCUUAGGCACCCGGUGCCUUGAGGUGAAAAGGAAAGUCAGAUGAUUGUUCUUCUCUGGCUGCAACUUCCCACUGCCCUUAUGUAUCCCAGUGUAUACGGUGGUCAAGCACAGUGCUAUUCGAGCUUCCCCCAUGAAGUCUCAGCAUCAAAUCAAUGCAGUCCCCUGCAAAGCAAGCUGAGCAUGGCACUGUGCCAGUUUAGCCAGCUAAGGUGUGGUCUAUGAUACUGAUCAUUAUGAUGAAAAAGAAAAUGGAGAAUGGUAACGAAAAAGGAGGAAGAAUAGGGACUUCCCUCUAGCUGAUGUGAAUUCUUUUUUUAAUUUCCAUGUCUGCAUAGCUUGAUCAUAGGUCUCAGCUUAAGGACAGUGAAAGCCAAUUAUUGAGUACUUAGUAUGUACUCAAUAAACUGCAUAGAGACAUGUCUUUUUUUCUUUUUUCUUUUGUGAGAUGGAAAGUCUCACUCUUGUCACCCAUGCAGGAUUGCAGUGUGGCACGAUCUCACUGCAACUUCCAUGUCUCAGGUUCAAGAAAUUAUCAGGCCUCAGGCUCCUGAGAAGCUGGGAUUGCAGGCAUGUACCAUGAUACCCAGAUAAUUUUUGUAUUUUUAGUAGAGACAAGGUUUUGCUAUGUUGGCCAGGAUGGUCUUGAACUCCUGACCUGAGAUGAUCUGCCCACCUCAGUCUCCCAAAGUGCUGGGACUACAGGGGUAACCUACCACACCUGACCAGAGUCGAGUAUUUCAAGUAUCAGUGUUGAGUCCCUUCCUUCCUUCCCUCCCUCCCUCCUUUCUUCUUCUGUCCCUCCCUCCCUUCCUUCCCUCUGUUUAUUAUCUGACUUAAUCCUUGAAAUAACCCAGUGAUACAUGGUGUACAUUUUCUAGGUGGGUAGAUGAAGUGUUAGGAGGAUGUAACUUGUCCUAAAUCAUGUGUCUCUUAAGUGGUAGAACUGAUUUUCUCACUGACUAUAGAUGCUGAGCCCAUUGCUAUGAUACCUACUGCCUUUUAAUUAAAAAAGUUACUAUUUUUAUUCCUCUCAUCAUUAUUUAUUACAUGAUUUACUUCUCCUGUGCCUUGUAAUCUGACUGGUCAUGCUGAUACGCUAAACCAUCUUUCUUGCUACUGGAAAUCAAUGCAUGUGUGAAAAGUCAUACAUAAGCCCAAAGAAGGAGCUUAGUUAUGCUGUUGCUAUUGCGAUGCCUGUCUCAGGGGCUGGAGUUAGAGCCAGGGUCCCCACCGCCCCAGUUCAUGGAAGGGUAGACCAGUGCUUCCUUUUGGGUGAUGAGGACGCUGGAUUUGGCAGCUGGUUUUGUGUGGAUUUGAAAGGGAGGUAAUCAGGGGUGUACCGGAAAGUCAGAACCAUUCACCCACAUGUUGGUGCCACCCUGCAAUGGAAAAGCUUCUGGCCUCUGCCUUCUCAGGAAGGUUGUCCGAAUCCUGAGUGAGGGCUGCUUUCGAAUUACUGCAGCUCUGGCCUAUCUCUCAGGAGGCCUGCUGAUAAUCAGUAAAUGAAAUUCACCUUUCCCCCGAUUCCUGAAAACGGAAAAGAUGAGGGUUGAAUUAUAGGGCAAAUCCUGAACACUGUCUUUUUUGAGCAUGGUAGUUCGAGCUGCACAGAGGGGGGAAAUUAUUUUACUUGGGAGAACAAAUUUAAGUUUGGCAGUUACCUGAAAGAAAAUUAAGUGGCUGAUUGCAAGUCCAUUCUCUGGCCUUCUGAAGAAGACAGAUUGUAAUCUUUAAUUAAUCUAUCACUCACACCAAAAAAAAAAAAGUGGGGCGAGGGGUGGGAGAAUGUUCAUAUCGCAUUUAUUCUGGAUGUCCGGGGUUGCAUCUGGAAGCCCAGAUAGCAAUAUCCAGGCAUGGCUGCUUGCGCUCGGCACAUUCAUGUUUGUUUAGUAUUUUAAUUUCCCCGUGAGUUUUAAACCUGUGCGUGGUGUGCAAGCUGUGGCCUGGUGUAUGCACUCUGGCCACCGGCUUUCCCAUUGUAAUGAAGAUGGAAUGACUCCAUGGAUGACCUCUCCGUGCCUUUGUCUGUAGCCUGCCCUCCUCUAACUGAACACCUUUCAGACGAACAUGCUCUGAACUCUUGAACUGCUCAUUCUGUCCUGUGAGCCAAUUGCUCAAGCUACAGUUUGUCAUUAUAUGCCUCCAAAGACUUUGUGUUUUCUGUGUUUGUCAUUGAGAUAGAAUUUUUCAUAACCCUUUACUAGUCAUAAAUUUGAUUGUUAAGGGACUGGGUUAAUCUUACUUCUAAUACCGGCAUGUGAUUUUAAAAUCCUGAUUUAGGAGCAUUUUCUUUCUGCUGCCUUCCUAAAAUGCAUGGGUGGAAACGUAUAAAAUAUGUCACCUGGUAUUGGAGGAUUGUUUAUUUCUGUUCAUUUUGUCCUGAAUAGUACCUAUGAGAUGCAUUUGAGAACUUACCUUGUUUCUGUGUUUCUUCUGUUGCAAUUUCUUCCAUUACCUGGAACGGCUGCUUUGGACAGCAAGCCAGGCAAUGCCCGUUCACCACUGUGGGAUACAGGAGUAAAGAAGUCUUGGCAAGGAAGCAAUUCCGAGACCAUGGAAAGGUCUGGUGGCAGGAAUGACGAUUUGUGCUGCGUAAUAUUUCAGGAACUUGCAACUCAGUUUUGCUUUGCAUCAUAUUACUGACAACCCUGAACAUGAAAUAACUCAUGCCUGCCUUUCUAUAGCCUUUAGCUACAUUUCAUUGAAUUUUAGUUCUCCUCUCGACUUUGCAGUGCCUGACACAUAGUAGGCGCUCAAUAAGUAAGUGUUCAACUGAACUAUGGUGGUUAGGUUAGUAAUCGAGUGUACAGACAAAAUCACAGUAGUCUCCGUUACCCUUGUCCUACUCAUAAGGGAGUCUUGUGAGGAUUCGUUGAAAUAAUUCACAAAAAUACCCCGCUCUCUUUUUUUCUCUGCUAGGGGUUCUUGUCAUAGAGAAGCCAUUGUUGUAGUCUUAGAAAAAUGCAUGGCAUUAUUUUGGGGGAGAGGUUAGAGUAGAAUUUUAGAGAGUGCAUUUCUCUUCCACUAAGCAAGUCUGCAUUGAUAAAAAGCAGACAAAGAAUACAUGAAAAAUAUUUACUUAAUUCUUGUUGACGGAAGUAGGACUUCAAGUCCAAAGGUGUUAUACUGUAGAGUGCACAGAUGCAUUUUUAAGAAUUUUCCAAUUCUCUUCCAUGUGUGGAGAGAUUCACACGUACCUGUGUGUACAAACUGUACAUGCAGUGGCUCUCUGGGAAAUGAAAUUUUUUCACCUUGCCAAAGCAUGUUUUCCCCUCUAAAGAGAGGCAGCUGAUAAUUACUAAUGCUAAUAUUUGGGUGAGGUGCAAUAGAUAGUCUAACACCAGCAAUGAUGCCCAGAGCAUUUAUAUUUGAUGCUAGAAAUGUGUUCAUUUUCUUUAUCUUGCUAUUAAUGUACCUCUAUUGGGCAAUUUACUGUCUCUUCAUAGAUAGGAUCUGAUCCAGAUCCAGUAUACAUUUAUAAAACCACACUUGCAUUUAAAUACAGGCAUUCCCCAUUUCACAGUCUUUCUACCUUCCCUUUCCAAUACCCCUUCCUCUCUCCCUGUCUCUGUCUGUCUGUCUGUCUGUCUGUCUCUCUCUCUCUCUCUCUCUCUCUCUCUCUCACACACACACACACACGAGCCCAUCCACCAGCAUAAACUGUAAACAUGGUUUUUCCACCCUCACACUUUCUUCAGCCUCAAUCUGUGUUCAACAUCUGCCUGAGAGUAAUGUAUUCAUCUAUUUAGAUAUGGUUAGAAAAAGCAAAACAGUAACAAUAGAAUCUGGACAGGAUUAAUGUCCUGCAGGAAGGAGCAACAGAAAGAAACAAAUCAAGAACCCAGGUGCUUUUUAUAGGUUAAUCGUGCAGGGUAAUCAUUUAUUCCUUUGAAAGCGCAUCUUGAUUCUGAGCUUUGGUUCCACAUGUUAGAAUUGUGUUUCCGGGCCUGGGUUUUCCCCUUGCCUGUUGUGUGUGUUACUCCAGCACAUUUGCUGAUUGCAAAUAUCCUUGACUCUUCUCAUGGGCUUUACUAGUACUCAUGAAAUCAUUGAUGUGGGGUAAAAGGAGAAGAGGAUUCAUUUUAUUUUUGACACAUAAACAAGAUGUCAUUUUACCAGUUGCUCAUGAAUGCUGAUGUUUCCUGUGGGUCCCUGACCAUGAAAUCUGCGUACACUGGUUACACUCGGGGCUUGAUGGUUAGCUCCUGCAUGAGCUCUGAGUUUCUGUGGAUUCCUAUAGGCUCCUGCAGAUUUUAUCCAAUGGACAUUGUGUUUAAAAAAAAAUAGGAUCUCAUUAUGUCACCCAGGUUGAAAUUCAGUGGCACGAUCAUAACUCAUUACAGCCCCAAAUUCCUGAGCCCAGGUGAUCAUCCCACCUCAGCUUGAGUAGCUGGGACUACGGGCAUAUGUUACCACGCCAGGCUAAUGUUUAAAAAUUGUUCAUGGAGGCCGGGUGCGGUGGCUCAUGCCUAUAAUCUCAGCACUUUGGGAGGCCGAGGCGGGUGGAUCACGAGGUCAAGAGAUUGAGACCAUCCUGGUCAACAUGGUGAAACCCCGUCUCUACUAAAAAUACAAAAAUUAGCUGGGCAUGGUGGCACGUGCCUGUAAUCCCAGCUACUCAGAAGGUGAAGGCAGGAGAAUUGCCUGAACCCAGGAGGCGGAGGUUGCGGUGAGCCGAGAUCGCACCAUUGCACUCCAGCCUGGGUAACAACAGUGAAACUCCGUCUCAAAAAAAAAAAAAAAAAAAAUGGUUCAUGGAGACAGAGCCUCACUUUACCCCCUAGGCUGAUCUCGAACUCCUGGCUUCAAGUGAUCCUCCUGCCUUGGCCUCCCAAAGUGCUGGGACCAAUACAGAUUUUUUUCAUGAAAAUUAGGUCUCCAACUAUUAAUAAGAUCUUUGUCAGCUGAGUCAGGGAGGUAGCAUGGGACAUACAAUUAAUUUAGAUUUUUUAACGGCUUUUGAGAACAUUCAGAUAACCUAUAUGUUGAGACCUGAAAUUUAUUUGAAAUGUGAAAAGCAGCUUACAAAAUUGCAGGUACUCUAUAAAUAUACGUUUGUUAUACAAAUACACAUAUAUGUACACACUUAGAAAAGUAUUCUGAGAGAAAUACAUUGAGAUAUAUAUCUACAGUGCUUGUGCCUGGAUAGGAUAGGAUAGGAUAGGAUAGGAUAGGAUAGGAUAGGAUAGGAUAGGGAUAAUUUAAUUGUUUAAAGUUGAGUUAGUGAACUUGACCACACAGACCGGGGAUCAAAUUCUGCCUCUGUCAUUAAUUGACUGUGAGGUGUGACACUGAAAAAGCGAUUUAGGUUUGGUACACCUCCAGGUCCUUAUCUGUAAGGUGACAAUUACAAUAAUACCCACCUCCCAGGGUUGUAUGGCAAUGGGUUAGGCACCGAUCUAGGAACUCAGAAAAUGUGCCAGUAUGAAGUCCUAGCUUUUACUGUUUCUGGGUUUCUGACUUUUCUCUCCUGUUGUGAACAUAUGUCGCUUAUGUAAUAUGAAAAAUAAAAUAGUUAAAUUUGUUGUGUUUUUUAAGAAUCAGUUGAGCACAGAUGGGACUAUUUUCAUGGACUGAUGUCUUGCUUGAAGCCAGUUACCAGAGGGUUUCUUUCAACAGAGUAUACCAAAAAAACAAAAGUGAAUUACACAGAUCCCAGCUUAAGACCUGGGCUUAAUCUUCAUGAUGUUUGCAAAGUAAUACGUCCCAGAGAACCCUCCCAGUUGUCCAUCGACACUAGACAUUUCAGGAUGUGAAAUGUUAAGCUAACGGAAACGGUCCAUCACAUGCAUCUCCAGCCCUUCAUAGAUGCCGCUGGAUGGAUGAACUUACGUUAUGAUCUCCUGGUGCCUUUUUUUAUGACUGUGGAUACUUGGGUAAGGAGGAGAUUCGUCUCUGGAUGGCACGAUGCACUCUGUGUUAUGCAGUCUGGAGAACAUCAUGUAGAGUCUGAAAAGUAGGAGGAGAGAGGGGCAAUGGGAAGAAGACAGAGUGGGUGUUGCAGGGACCUACAGUCAGCCUGGUGCCCCAGCUGGCCUUUGAAUUUGGCCCAGGUUUUUUUGUUUUUGUUUUUUAAUAGUUAAAGCUGACAGCAAAUCACAUUGCUUACUCUGGUCAGGGAAUGGAAACUGCAACGGAAGCUGAUCUGCAAAGGUGACCAUUUUCCCUGGACUUGAACUUCAGGAGGUGCCUCCUGCACAGGUCCACACUUGAGGGAUUGCCUAAUGCAGCGAGCACAGUUGUGCUCAACUGUGGUUCUAUAAAAGACGCAGAAACACAUUACACAUAGGCAGAUCGUCCAUCAGCCCUCUAAACUGGCAUAACCUUGAAUCAUAAUUCAAUAAAUGCAUUUCUGCAAGUAGUGAAGAUAAUAAGCUGCAAGUGCUUUCGUUUUCUUUCUCUCUUUCUUAAUGUGGGGAAAAUCGAGAUGGGAUUCUGAGAACCCAGAUGGAGGGCCUGGGAGUCAUCACAAUCUGAUCCCUCAGGACAUUAGCCGCAUCUCUUUCUGUAGCCAGAACCAAUAGAAAAAUGAGAGAAGGAGAGUUGAAGCAAAAUAGCAAACAUUUUUCCUUUCAUGGGGUGUGUGUGUGUGUGUGUGUGUGUGUGUGUGUGUGAAAUGGGAUGUGGUUGGGGAAGGGAUUCUAAUUGACCAUAGUACAAAUGUUUCAUUCCUUGCUCAUACUACCUAUCCAGUGUGGGUCUGCAGGUUCCUCUGCACAGGCCCUCAGGGACCUGGGCUGCGAGAGUCUGUGAUCUCACAGCUGUCACAUCUGGCACAGAUGGCCUUCUUGAUCUCCAGUAGGGAGAGUCACAUCAGCAGUUAAAUGCUUUGGUCUGAAGUGUCACGUGUCAUUUCCUCUCAACUACCUACUGGCUAGGCCAGUCAUAGGGCCCUGCAGAGGGUGGGAAUGUCUCAUCUUCCUGUAGGCUUAAAAACAGAAGAAAACCAGAGGUCUGUGCAUAAUACAUUUUUACUACAAUGAUGCCCUUUCGUCUACAGAGAGAAGGACUGAGAGGGACUGUACUGUUGGUUGAUAGGGUCAAACUUGCUAACAGACCCGAAGGGCGUUGCUUGGUCAUUGCAGUUUCCACCCAGCACCUUACACAGAAGUUUGGGUCUUAACAUGGAAACUUUUCAAUAGUGGCCACAUUCUGUUCUGAGCACUGUAUUGAGCAUACCAUAUGCUGAAAGACUUGGAACACAAAAACCUAAGGCCAGGGCCACUCUUCACUAUUAAGCCCUCAGUUGUAGUGGAGGCAUCAAGCUUGUAAGACCCAAGACCUUACCUUUUGUGCUCCUCGUCUUGUGGAGGGACCAUCCAUCCUCGAAACAGAAACCUGUCAGAUCCCUUGGAUAUACUGACAAUUCGUUGAUGAGAAUUGAAUGCCCCAUAAAUUGCAUGUCCCCCAGGGCCCGGUAGGUACCCUGUCUUGCUGCGUAUGAUUCAGAAACCUGUUUAUUUGUAUCAAGGACGGGUGUACUUUAAUCAUCAAUAAACUAACAUUUCAACAGCCUGCCAUAAAUUUCUUGUCAAAAAAGAGAUUAUGAUUAGAACACUGUGAUGAAAGAGAAUCUGUACAUAGACUUAAAUCCCUUAGUUUCAAAGCUUCUAGCAGUAGGGCUUAGAGGUUCCUACAGUAAGAAAAGCCUAGCCAAGCAGAAACCCGUUUUCUACUUUCAAGGUAUUUGUGAAUUAUUUUACUUGCAUAUAUUGGCCAAGAUUUAGCACAAGCUGUUAAUUUUCAAUGAAUAAAAAAUUGAGUUUUGAGAGUAAAUAUUUUGGUAAGGAAAUAGAGAAGUGACACUAAUAUUCUCUCGGACUGUAACUGUUCAACAGUAGGCUUCUUUCACCAAGCACUAAUAUUACAUUAAUUAUUAAUAAAAUCCAACUCCUUAAGUAAUAAUACAAUCAUAGUUACCAUUUAUUGAGAGCAGUGUACUGAGCAUUUUACAUUCCUUAGUUACUCUUCCCUACAAGCUUACUAAGUAGAUGUUAUCUUCGUCUUAUUAAGUAGACAGAUUCUCAUUUGCAGAUGAGGAAACCGUGGCUGACUAAGUGAGUGCUGAAGUCACAGAGCUGCUGAGUGGCAGAGCUGCAAUUCCCAUGCAGAACUGUGUGGCACCACAGCCAUUUUCUAACUCAUUGCAAAGCACAGUGGAUUAAAAUGAGAUCAUUGAAACUGAGACAUGGCUGGGCAUGGUGGCUCAUACAUGUAAUCACAGCACUUUGGGAGGAUCACUUGAGCCCAGGAGUUUGAGACCAGCCUCAGCAACAUAGCAAGAACAUCCAUCUCUACAAAAAAUGUAAAACUUAGCCGAGUGUGGUGGUGUACUCCUGUGGUUCCAGCUACUCAGGAGACUAAGGCAGGGAAAUCACUUCAGCCCAGAAGUUCAAGGCUGCAGUGAGCUAUAAUCACACCACUGCACUCUAGCCUGCAUGACAGAAUGAGACUGUCUCAAAAAAAAAGAGAGAGAGAGAGAGAUUAUGGCCAGGCAUGGUGGCUCAUGUCUAUAUUCCUAGCACUUUGGGAGGCCAAGUUGGGAGCAUUGCUUGAAACCAGGAGUUCAAGACUAGCCUGGGCAACAUAGUGAGGUCCCAUCUCUAAAGAGAGAGAGAGAGAGAGGGCUGGGUGUGGUGCCUCACAUCUGUAAUCCCAGCACUUUGGGAGGCCAAGGCGGGCAGAUCAUUUGAGGUCUGGAGUUCAAGACCAGCCUGCCCAGCAUGGUGAAACUCCAUGGUGAAACACAUCUCUACUAAAAAAUACAAAAAAAAAUUUAGCCAGAUGUGGUGGCGCAUGCCUGUAGUUCCAGCUACCUGGAAGGCUGAGGCAGGAGAAUGGCUUGAACCUGGGAAGCGGAGGUUACAGUGAGCUGAGAUCACACCUCUGCACUAGACUAGGCGACAGAGCAAAACUCCAUCUCAAAAAAAAAAAAAAAAAAGAUUAUUUUUAAGAUAAGCAAACCAAAUGGGUAUUAAGAUUUCAUUCUCAUUUUAAUGAUUUUUUUUUUUUUUUUCUAAGUAGAUACCUGUAUUCCGAUUGCCGCAGCACUUUGGGAUUGUCUGAUUAGUAGUGAAUUCCUUCCCACUGGUACCCCUGUGGCCAGAGAGUGACUACAAGGGUCAGAGCUGUUGUGGGGGAGCUGUUUGGACUAAGUGAUGGUCCACUCCAGCUCAGGGACGUUGUAUGCAUCUCUGCUUCUGAGGAAACAGUGACCCGCAAGGUGAAUGCAGCCUGCUGCUCGUGGAAUAUCUUCACAUGGUUUCUUUUAAUCCAUUUCUGUUUUUUAAAGUUUUUUUUUUUUCUUUAAGAGAUGGGAAUUUCCUUAUGUUGCCCAGGUUACCCUUGACCUCCUGGGCUCAAGGGUUCCUCCUUAGUCUCCUAAUUAGCUGGGACUACAGGCACAUGCAUCCAUGUCUGGCUUAAUUCAUCCUUAAACAAGUUCAGAAUUUUAUUUCUUUACAAUAAAAUGAGAGUGGAGAGCACAUUGAUGCCCAGGCAUAGGCAUGGUUGGCGAUUAAAUGGCUGUUGAGUCUCCAUUCUGAAACAGGCGCCGUAUUCAUUUGCUAUGGCUACCAUAUCAAAAUGCCACCCCCUGGGGAGAUUAAACAGCAGAAACUUCCUGUCUCACAGUUCUGGAGGCUGGAAAUUCAAGACACAGUUGCUGGCACGGUUUCUCUGAGGCCACUGUCUUUGGCUUGCAGAUGGCUGCCUUCUUGCUGUGUCCUCAAGUGGCCUUCUGUCUGUUUUUUGGUGACACUGAAACAAAAAAUUUAAAAAUUAGCCAAGUGUGUUGGUGUAAGGAUGAUGUCUCUUCCUCUUCUUAUAAGGACACCAAGUCUAUUGGAUUAGGGCACCACCCUUAUCAUGUCGUUUAGCCUGAAUUACCCUUUUAAAGGCUCUAUCUUGAAAUACAGUCACAUGGAAGCUUAGAAAUUCAGAAUAUAAAUUUGAGGGGGACACAGUUUAGUCUAUAACAUGCUCUAUGCCGGGCAUAAGGAAUGUUAUGGUGGCUAAGGAAAAAAUGGUUCUUACCCUCUGUCAGUUUUCUGUGGAAGAAGAAAGACAGUCUUUAAGAAAAAAAAUCACAUAAUCCCAAAAAGCUAAAACUAUGAUAGAGAAUGCAAGGUACUAGUACAGCUUAGAAGAGGUGGCUCUAACCUUGUGUAGGAGCUAGAGAAGGCUUCCCUGAGGACAUGAGGUUGGAAUUGCAGCAUGAAAGGGAAGCAGAAGGGGUUUGGUGGGAGAAGGCUUGGGAACGGGAGGUGUAGAGACAGCAGUGGUGUGAUCAGGACUUGAAGGCACGGUUCUGUAUACAAAAGGUCUCACAACUUGAAAGGCAGCCUACAUUGAGCGUGCCCAGAAAACAAGGGCAAGAGAUUAUUCAAAAGAAUACUGGAUCCAGAGUUUCAUCACUUUGUUAAUUACAUCUAAUUUUGUGAGAUUGCAAUUAACUUGCCUAAGAAAAGAUUGUUUAUGAUUCCAUUCUUUAUAUUGUUUGUUGAAAUAGGUAAUUCUCAAAACUUCUGGAUACCUGAGACUCAGCUGCGAACUUAUUUUUAAAAUUUUCUAGUCCCACUCCCCAAAGGUUCUGAUUCAGUACAUUCAGGAUGGGGUCUAGGAAUCAGUGUGUUUAACAAACAUAUCGGGUUUUUCUGGUACAGAUGGUCCAUGGACUGCACUUUGAGAAAGCUCCAUCUAAAGAGAUAAGUUGCUGACAUAUGUUAUCGGGGGAAGCCUGGGAAAGUUGGGCACAGCAGUAGUUGUAAAGAACUACCAGACCUGGGCCUGGCGUGGUGGCUUAUGCCUGUCAUCUCAGCAUUUUAGGAGGCUGAGGCAGGUGGUUCCCUUGAGCCCUGGAGUUCCUGAUCAGUCUGGGCAACACGGUGAAACCCUACCUCUGCAAAAAAUUAGCGGGCCAUAGUAGUGCGUGCUUGUUGUCACAGAUCCUUGGGAGGCUGAGGUGGGAGGGUUGCUUGAGACUGAGAGGUCAAGGCUGCAGUGAGCCAGGAUCCUGCCACUGCAUUCCAGCCUGGGAGAGUGUGAGACCUUGUGUCAGAUAAAAAAAAAAACCUACCAGACCUGUGGGAAUGUCUGCCAGUUUCAACCCAUGGGGACAGGGUGAGACUAACAUUAAUUUAGUCUCUUCAUGUUGGAGAGACUAUAAUAAGUGCUUUGCAUAUAUCAGCUCUUUCAAAUUAGUACAAUUCUACUAGAGGGGGUACUAAUAGUACCCCCAAUUUCCAGAUUAAAAAAUCGAGGGACAAAGAGAUUAGGUGCGUUUCUGAGGUCACACACUCAUAAAUGACAGAGCAUGCCCCCAAACACCAGGUUUCAAUGACCCUGUGGUGAAAUGUGGUCGCUGGCACUUGCCUAGUGCUGACCACGCACUAGAUACUGUAUUAGUUACAGGUGAUUCUACUUCUCCUUCAUUAGGUCAUCCAGAAAGCUUUGUGCCCUAGUCUGUCCUGGCUGCUGUAACAAACUGUCAUAAACUGGGUGGCUUAUAAACACCAGAAAUUUAUUCCUCUUAAUUCUAGAGGCUAGGAAGUCCAAGAUCGAGGAUCCAUUUCCUGGUUCAUAGAUGUCCACCUUCUUGCUAUCCCCUCCCAAAGGCCCCUCCUCCUAAUACAUUAUAUCAAUGAUUACAUUGCAACAUAUGGCCAUGUGUGGUGGCUCACACCUGUAAUCCCAGCACUUUGGGAAGCUGAGGUGGGCAGAUCACUUGAGGUCAGGAGUUCGGGACCAUCCUGGCCAACAUGGUGAAACCCCAUCUCUACUAAAAAUGUUACAAAAUUAGCUAGGGUAUGGUGGUGCACACCUGUAAUCCCAGCUACUCCAGAUGCUGAGGCAAGAGAAUUGCUUGAACCCAGGAGAGGGAGAUUGCAGUGAUCCAAGAUCACACCACUGCACUCCAGCCUGGGUGACAGAGCAAGACUCUGUCCUCCCCACCAAAAAAAAAAAAAAAUUCAGUAUGAGAAUUUUGGGGAGGACGCAGACAUUUAAUCCAUAGUACUAACGUGGACAUGAUUUGAACUAAGAUUCUACCGUGAUUCUCUUCACGUACCUGGCAGUAGCUCUUGUAUCCCAUCCAUUCCAUUCAACAGUCAUGUAUUUUAUUAAUCUUUAUUCUUAAAGGAAAAACAAUUCAGAUUGCUCAGAAUGUAAAUGUGACUAACGCAAGACGGGAUCAGAAUUGUCUAAGUGAUGAACAUUUUAACAUAUUUCAGUCUUAAGGCAUCUGACCCCUGAAUUUAGGGGGAGCCUUUUUUUUUUAAGUAAGGUUUAUUUUUAAAAUUGCUUUGCCAACUUUUUAAGAACACAUCACUGCCUCAUUCCAUGACUCAUAUUUCUAACUUUCACUUCCCAUCAAUUUAAACGUCAUCUCUCAAGGAGCUGACGGGCCCUUUCGCUCUAAAUGAGUUGGCCUCUCAUGCAGUGUUGUUCCAUCCCCCUGCCACAGAAGUGAUUCCAGGUCAUUCCAAUUUAUUUAAUUAAUUUUGGAGAUGAAAUUAUUUUGCCCAAUAACUAGAACGCUAAUGGAACUUAUCGUAAUGGCUCAGUUCAGGUUUGUUGGUUUGAAAAUAAACGCCUUCAUUUCAAUAUUUGCCUUUUGGCUGCAGCAUGUUAACUGGUCACACACUGUAGCCUCAUUAACAUCAUGGCUUGAUUAUGAAUGAAUGUGCACCUUGUUUUUGUAAAGCAGGCUUCUGUCUUCACUGCCAGGUUUUGCCCCCCAAUAUAGCCCCGAACUGGCAUUUCAGACAGAUGGAUGGAUUGCUGUGGCAUAAUUCACACUUUUAAACAUCAUAGUUUUUCCAACGCCUUGAUAAUACACACUUGAACUUAGUUUUAGAAGUUAGAACAAAGUGAGGAAAAUACAUUUUAGCUCUCUGGAGUGUCACGGUGGUGUCGAGAUUUGUGCAGGUGUACUACAUCCGUAAUUGGGAGAGGUUGCCAAUCAUAAAGGACGGACAAUAGGACCUCCGUACAAUCAAAGGCGGAAUUAAAAUCUGCAUGUUAAUAGCUUUCCUGCCAGUCACGAAUAGAUUCAUUCUUCACAUCUCAGAUAUAUGAAGCUUAUUUGAAAAUAAAUUCUGGGGAGCGUUCAACCUGAUUGAAUCUGCUGUAAGCUCUGUUAAUAUAUUUGUUCGAGUCACUUGCGCUCAAAAGCUUUUUAGACAGAAUAUCACUUUUUUAUAUUAUUCAUGGUAAUGUAAUUCCCCCCUUUAAUCUCUUCAGGGUUUCCCAUUAAGUCACGAUACGUGGUUCAGAGAAAGUUGGAUCGACCAUUAAUCACGCUAUCUGGACUUCUGUGUUUCUACUUUUUGUCCAUCUCUUAAAUCAGUCACUUGGCAGCAGCAAGACAUGUGGUCACUCCAGCCCAUUUGAUCGAAGAGCUCUUGUUAGGAGAUUAGGCUGCUAAUCUGCAAGCCAGCUAAUGGAAAUCAUUCUGGGCAAGGAAAUAAAACUGAACAACCUUAGCAAAAUCACUACAUAUUAUAGGAAUCAAGUACAUUCUAAAUGGCUUAAUCCUACCAUUUAGCUAUGAAGCCUAGGGGUAAAACGAACGUCUUAGAUGAUCCAAGAUAUCCAAAUACCUAUGACGUACAUUUGUAUGGUAUACGUAGGGCAGGACCCCCAUCAGAAAUGUGGAAUCUUUAAAGGAUUUUUUAUUUAGCCAGAUAAAACAAACAAGGAGAUAGUUGACCGAAGAAAAAGAAAGAAGAAAAUAGAAAACUCAGGAGAGAAGAACUGAAAUCUCUCUACACAAAUACAUAAAAUGCAGUGAAAUGCUUAGGUUGAAAACACGUAAUACACACUCACUACAUGUUCGUGGUUGAAUCAGGUUACCUGGUAUAGAGCUAAUCUUUAUGUUAAAAAUAGUGGCUGUGAGUCUUUAGCAAGUUCUUUGGUUCUUCGACUUUCCCUUCUUCCCUAAACCCAAAUCAAUAAUUCUUUAAUAGUGUCAUUAAAAUGUUUUUCUGGAUCAUUCCAUUUAUACUAAAGAGUAACAAAGCAAACCCAAGUAUUUGAGAGAUACAGAAAUGAAUUUUCAGUGUAGGACGGGGUCUGCAAACUUUGAAAAGGGCCAGAUGGCAAAUAUUUUCUGCUUUGUGGCCCAUAAGGUACCUGUUGCAUCUAAACCGUGAUGCAUUGGUGAAAGCACACAGAUAAUCUAUACACAAAUGGGCACGGUUGUGUGAUAAUAAAACUUUAUUUACAAAAACAGGUGCUAGUCUGGAUUUAGCCUGUGGGUUGUAGUUUGCUGGCCUCUAGACUAGAGCACAUGUUUGUCUGGGAGACAUAAUUUCAAAAAUCAUUUUCUUUUUUUGAUUUUCAUGGUUUCAGAAUAUGAUAUUUUCACCUAUGGAUGAAUGCUCGUCUUUUGAAUUUUCAUUUUUAUCUGACAUAACUCAAAGCCCUUGCAUUGGGAAUUCUUGUUAACCCUGAUACGUCUUGUCAAAUAUCCUACUCCUGGGAUGGCAGCAGAGUUGGGAUGGCUGGAUGCGAAGGUGGGAGAGGGUUAGCUUGGAGGUGAUACACUUUUUCAUUCUUGAGUAACUUGAGAAAAAGUCAGGAGUUUGGAAUAAAGAUUUGGAAUAAAAAGGCGGAGGGCAGACCUAACAUUUUUUUAAGGAUAAAGAAAAAAAGAAUGCAAUAUGAGAGACGGUAUGACUUGUCACUUGGCUGGGGGCUCACCAUUCAUUGAUAAAUCCGCUAUAAGAUGUUAGGAUUCUGAGUAACAGUCUAUUUAUUCCAUGAAACAGAUCUCAUGAAAACAUAGUAGUGAUUUUAGAAGAAACGCAAUGAACAGAGUGCUCCUAAAUCUUUUUUCUGGGUGUUUAGAUAUCUUCUCUUCUAAUCUUUUGUGUAUCAGCGUCUGAAUUAUCCCAAGAAAGGAAACUCCUUUCUUUUUGAACUCUUAUUUAUAUAUUUUUAAUUUUUUAAACGUCACACUGACCUAGUGUUGUAAGGAAAUGGGGGAAAUAUCUCCCUGGUUUCUUGGAAAUGGAGACUCCCAUCAUAGGAUUCAAAUGUUGGAAUGUUCCAGGGAGGCUGGACUAAGGUGGUCUGUUUCUGCCACUGGUUCAAAGGAAAGGAAUAGACUAGACCUGAAAGAUUCUGUCUGGUCACUUUCCCGCCUGUGCUUUGAAUGGUGAAUACCAUCAGCGGGAGGCAGGUGCCUGCAACCCCCAUGUCUCAGAUCAGACAGGCGGGCUGAGGAGUGCUUAACACCGCAGCCUCUCGUGAAGUGUCCUGAGAAAGAAGACUUUGUCUUCUUCCGUCGGCCUUGUUUGUCCUCUGCCAAGACUCCGGUGACAUGAUUGCUCUUCAUCUUACUCUGGAGAUCACAAUAAACAGAAACGACUUUCACCUUUCGCAUUCCAGGAUUAAGUGCCCAAGCAGGUGCUGUUUCUGUCGUGUGGUUUCCAAUCAGCAAAACCACCCGCUUUUUACCUGUGGCAGCAAAGUCAGGGAGAUUUGAGACCUGGGGAGAGCUCUCUGCUGUGUUAACAGAACUGGUUCUUGGUUGGGGGCAGGGGCACCCAUUCGUGGCUUCCUACAGCACUGCUUCCUUUCUCAUGUGUUAUCUGGGGCUCCCUCGGGAAAGAAAAUGAUGGAGAGGUCACUGACCUGAUGACCCGGGGACCCAGGCAGUCCUUACAGGGACCCAGACUUUCACAUAUAAAUGUGACCUCCAGUUAAAGCUGGACUCACUUAAUCCCACGAGAUGGUACUUGUAAUGCCGUUCUGAUGAAGCCAUCUCACUCUGUAAACUGUCUUCUGAUUUACACAAAGCCAUCUGCUUCCAUACGGGGUGUUUUAUUUGGGAUCCAGGAUGGGAGAAGCACAUCUGCCCCCUCCAUAGCAUGUGAAUCUUAAUGAAUAAAAGCACCGACAGUUCUUUAAAGGAGAAUAGUGUGAUGCUAUUUAUAGUUGGAUACAGUUUUGUAAUCCAGCUCCAUGCUGGAUGUUGACUGUCAGUCAUUCAAGGAAGUUCACUUCUCUGCUGGUUUUCUGAGUGAGGUAGCGAUGAGCAGAGCACCUGGGAGGGCCCAGGAGCCCCCUGAACUGAGUAUCCAGUGGGAGGUCCAGUUUCCACAUUCAGCAUAAGUGCUCGCACAGCAUCUCUGUGGGUCUUUCUCACGUAUAUCCCCAGCCCAAGUGGAAGAGGACUUCUGCAGCUGUUAGUUCUUUCUCUUCCUAAGAAAAAGCAGAUUUUAAGUAACUUACCAUUUGUUAAUUUAUACCCUUAUUUUUUAUUCCUUCUUCAUUCAUUUUCAUUUUUUCCUUCCUUUCUUCCUCUGUUCUCUUUUCCUAUUAUAACAGCUUUUAUUUUUAUUUAGGCAUGAUAAGGCCAAGAUCAGGAAAUGACUGCCAUUGCAAAGACGGUUUGUUGCUCACAGGUGCACAGGGACUCAGCAUGCUACAGGGAGUUACCUGGGAAAGCCCCGGGGUCGGGCAGGAGCCAGAGGGAGAGAGAGGAACUGUUAAGAGUUUUGAGCUCGAAGGCAUUAUCCUCAGCAAACUAAUGCAGGAGCAGCAAACCAAACACCACACGCCUCACUUAUAAAUAGGAGCUGAACAGUGAGAACACAUGGACACAGGGAGGGGAACAACACACACUGGGGCUUGUCAGGAGUGAGGUGCAGGGAGGGAGAGCCUCAGGAAAAAUAGCUAAUGGAUGCUGGGCUUAAUACCUGGGUGAUGGGUUGAUAGGUGCAGCAAACCACAAUGGCACAUGUUUACCUCUGUCACAAACCUGCACAUCCUACGCAUAUACUCUGGAACGUAAAUUUUUUUUAAAAAAAGUUUUGAUUGUGGUUUUUACAGGAAGGAAGGGGCCAGGAGGGGUAAGCAGGCUUAGGAUUGGCUGGCUUGGGUCCUGUCUCUGGGCUCUGGGAUCCAUAGCCCUGGGUGAUUAGGGUAGGUGGGUGAGGCCUGGAGUAUGAGCCCUAUAAAGCCAGUGGUGGGGGUGUGGGUCCUGGAUCUGUUAGUUUGAACCGUGUUCUUGUGGUCGAGCUGUAUGCUGUCUCUAGGAAUCCACUAGAGUCCUGUUAAGAAGGCUAACAAGGCAGCAGGUUAUAGGCAGUGAUUUGAGAGCGGUAUGAUACCCUAACAGAAGCAGGGAUGUGGCCAGGCACGGUGGCUUUUGCCUGUUAUCCCAUCACUUUGGGAGGCUGAGGGAGCAGAUUACAAGGUCGGGAGUUCGAAACCAGUCUGGCCAACAUUCCGAAACUCCAUCUCUACUCUAGCCUGUAAUCCCAGUUUCUUGGGAGGCUGAGGCAGGACAAUUGUGUGAAUUCAGGAGACAGAGGUUGCAGUGAGCCGAGAUUGUACCAUUGCAUUCCAGCCCAGGUGAUAGUGCAAGACUCCGUCUCAAAAAAAGAAAAAGAAAAAGAAAAGGAGGAGGAAUCCAUGUGGCUAAGAAACAUGGCUCAAACUUGACCUUGAUAGAGUGUUUCCCUAGAAGAGGUGGGAGGGAGAAGGUCUGGGAGAGACGGCGGGGGACCAGAGCAAGUGAAGUCACCAAGGUGCUGGUGGUUGUGGCCCUGCAGGUCCUGCAGACCCCCUGGUGGCAGUAUUGGUGGUCAAAGCUGGCAUCGGGGAGUGUGGCUGCCCGGAGAGCUUCUGUAUGGCUAAAGUCUGAACAUGGGAGUUUAAGAAAGCAAACUCCUUUAGCUUGGAACAGAAAGAAAAUUGUAAAAGGGAGAGUGUAGUGGUCGGGUGCAGUGACUCACGCUUAUCAUUCCAGCACUUUGGGAUGCUGAGGUGGGCAGAUCACGAGGUCAGGACAUCGAGACCAUCCUGGCUGACAUGGUGAACCCCGUCUCUACUAAAAAUACAAAAAUUCGCCAGGUGUGGUGGUGCAUGCCUAUAGUCCCAGCUACUUGGGAGGCUGAGGCAGGAGAAUCGUUCGAACCAGGGAGGCAGAGGUUGCAUUGAGCCGAAAUCGCGCCACUGCACUCCAGCCUGGCAACACAGUGAGACUCUGUCUCAAAACAAAAACAAGAAAAGAAAAAGAAAGAAAGUGAGAGUUAGUAACAUGGUGGAGGGCUCCAAUGCUCUGCUGAAGAGUGGAAAUGGUUUUCCGAGGGCGAGGCUGUCAAGUAGGGAGGCAGCACAUCUGAAUUCUUCAGCAAAUACUUUGAGUGCAGUACAGGUUGGUAGUGGUUCCCACUUAACAGCUUCUUGCUCCCAUGCAGAAAAGCACUGAAGGUGGCCUGCUCCAAGGCAGUAACAGGGCAAUAGGGAUGGGAGGACUUGGUGGUCAGAUGCACGUGGACAUGAUGAAAGGGGAAGGGAAGAAGUGUCAGGAUAUUCACGGUCAGUGCUGUAAGCCCCUUAAUAAUAGGUCUAGUGUUCCAUUAUUGGAACGCUAAGCAUGUGGGAAUUAUUUAUAUCCUAUUGCUCAAAGUCAUCGCCAAGGUCUGAUUGCAAAAAUUCAAUAUGUUGCAACCUCAGCCAUAAAUGGGUUUUAAGCUCCAUGCAAUAAAACCCAGGGAAUAAAAACAGUUUUGGCUGAUGGGUUGGUAGAAGUGAUAGACAGAUACAUAUACACAUACACAUAUAAAUACCUACAAGUAGAUACAGGUAAUGACCUCGAUAUAUGUACAUAUAGUGUGAUGUAUAUCCCUGCAUGUACAUACACAUAUAUACAAAUAUAUAUAUAUGUGCCUUUGGACACAAAAAAAUCCGUAGGACAGUCUCGUUUGGUUUUUGAAAUCCUAUUGUUGAAUAGCACCACAGAGGUGCCCUAAGGCAGCCUUGCAUUCAGGGCACACAGAUUUGGUUACUCAGCUCCCUUCUUGCCUAUUUCUGAGUCACGUGGGCUGUACCUGACUCUCAAAAGCCCACUGCCCACCCAGAUCCCCUCACUCUGAAUGGUGGCCCAGUGCUUUCUGAGGACAGAGGUGGGACCGGGUGCUGGAGACAACCCAUUCCUUUCACAGAGACUGUAAGCCUUACCCAAGCAUUAAUUUUGCUGCAUAGGCAGCCUGUUCUCCCACAAAGUCCUGACUAAGAAGAAAAGGGGCCCAGAAAAGCCAGCAGAGCCUGGCAGACAACUUGUGGCUCCCUUGCCAUUUAAGGUCCCGAGGAAUGUAGAGACAUCAGUGGAGGCCAGGGUGGGUUUGGAAGGAGAGAUUUUCUUUCUUUCUUUCUUUCUUUCUUUCUUUCUUUCUUUCUUUCUUUCUUUCUUUCUUUCUUUCUUUCUUUCUUUCUUUCUUUUUUCCUUCCUUUCUCUUCUUUUUUCCUUCCUUUCUUUCUUUUUUCCUUCCUUCCUUCCUUCCUUCCUUCCUUCUUUCUUUUCCUUCUCUUUCUCUCUUUUUUCUUUAUUUCUUUCUCUUUCUCCCUCUUCUUUCUUUUCCUUUUUUCUUACUUUCUUGUUUUCUCCCCUUUUUCCCUUUCUUUCUUUCUCUCUUUCUGUCAGAAUUUCUGUUUCUUUCUUUCUUGUCUUUUUUUCCUCUUUCUUUUUCUCUCUAUUCUGUUUUUAAUUAAAGAUAUAAUUAAUGCUAUGAUUUUGCAAAAAAAUUCUAGUUUCUCGUAAUUCUACUUGCAGGCAUAUGCGUAAUUCUAAAUUUAGAUGUAUUCUCCGAUACUGUCUGAGGAAAGGAAGCAUUUUUCAAUGAAGCUAAAAGAAGGGAAAGGUAUUCUGUUUUAUUCUCAUACUCGAAUUUCCCAAAACCUAGCCUUGAUAUUAUUCAUUUGGCACAGUUAUUGUGGAGUACUUGGAAGGCAGUGGACAUGGCAUACAGAGCUGCAGCUUUGGACUUUGUGGCUUUGGGUAAAUUACUUAUUCUCUUUGCACCUCGGUGUAUUCAUCUGAAUAAUGGGGACAGAGAAGCACCAUGGAUGCCUCACGGCUUCUGUGAGUAUUCAUUGAGAUAGUAUGUGCAGGCCUGUGCCAUAUUCCCCACUGAGGGAAUGCUGCUUAUUUUUACGAUUGAUAUUAUUGUGGUUGCUGUACCUCUGAAGGGCUUUCAUUGUCUUCUGAGCAAGACAAAAGGGCCAAUAUUCACUCCUUGGACUGGAAGCAAAAACCCCCUGCAAUUCCAAAUGACUUCACAUGUGGAGCAAUUUUACCAGGAGCUCAAAAGAAGCCUCUUACUUGCCUUUGCCCACAAAUGGCAGAGGAAGACUCUUCUGAGCCAUGCCGGGAAGAAAAAUGAGAAUGCCAGCUUAAAUAAAUGUUAUCACAAUCUCUGCAGAAUCGUGAUGUCUCCGAUUCUUAAAAGUGUCUACUACAGGGUAUUUAUAAUUCUGUAAUAAUAAUAAAUCGCUGCUUAUGAAAUGCAGGGAAUCGAGUGUUGUGGAGGGGAGGAAGGGAAAUACAGGGAGAAGAAAUGCGAGAGACUCAGGUCCGGCCAGGCCUGGGCUAUUAAUCAUCGCCCUCCAUUAUUUCCUGAAGAUUCAUUCAUUGUUCCAUAGGUACCUAGAGGGUCAAUUAGAGACCACAGACAGGCUUUUUCAAAGACACAGGAGGGUCAAUUAGGCCCUUCUUAUAAUUUUCUGCUUUAACAGCAAAUGCCAGCCUAUCGUGCAUCAGAUGCAAGGGAGUUUGGAAAUAAACAGGGUAGUUUCCUUCCUCCUUUAAAAAAGAAAGAAAGAAAGAAAAAACAUCCGACACAGAGAAAUGGAGGCAUUCAGCUGCUGGGAACGCUUGGCUUGCUGGCUGUCAGGAUCUGGUUCGAGGGAGGCAAAGGGGAUUUUCUCACCACCUGAGACUUGGGAGGAGCAGAGUUCUUGUGGGGUCAGAGCGUGGGGAACGGUCAGGGAAUUUGUAUGAUGGAGCACCCUGUUCCCAUAUCUGAGAUGAUUCAUUUAUCUUGAGUGCCAUCUUAACUACAAUUAGAGUACAAUUAUAAAGUCUCUACAAUGGAAAUGGGACCUGAAAUCAAUUGCAGCUGGACUGAUGCGUGGCGAGUCACCAUGCCCACCACAACUACUGACUGUGUGGAGGACAGAAUUCAACCAAGUGCGCCGUUGUGUGCUUUUACACAACACUGCUUUUUAGUUGUUUUCCUUGGGAUUGGCAAACAUAUCUUUUAUUUAUUUAUUUUAUUUUUAUGUUUUGAGGCGAAGUUUUGCUCUUUCGCCCAGGCCAGAGUGAAGUGGUGCGAUCUCGAUUCACUGUAACCUUCGCCCCCUGGUUUCAAGCAGUUCCCCCACCUUAGCCUCCAGAGUCACCGGGAUUAUAGAUGUCCACCACCACACCCAGCUAAUUUUGUAUUUUCAGUAGAGAUGGGGUUUCGCCAUGUUGGCCAGGCUAUUCUUGAACUCCUGAACUCAGGUGAUUCACCCACCUUGACCUCCCAAAGUGCUGGUAUUUAGGUGUGAGCCACCACACUGGGACACUAACAUCAUUUUUGGUAGUAAGGAUAUUCUGUUCUAAUCAGUGAAUUCAGACCAGCAGCUAGUGAAAUUGUUUUUCUCCGUCAUGUCUUACUCAAAGACAAGGAAGAAAGAUUUCAGAUCCAAACAGAUUUCAGAAUCUAUUCUACAAAAGGUAUCUGUUUUAGUAGUACUGACUUAUUCUAAGCUACUACCUGGAGAAAAGCCCUGCUAUGCAAAUUUUUUGUAUAGAAUAUUUUCUAAUAGAAUCACCUGAACUGCAGAGAUGAAAAAAUGGCCUUGUAAAUUUCUUCUUUUAACCAAAAGUUCACUGAAAAAGACGACAGCCUUUCAGUGGCACUAAUUUCUCUAAAGCAAAAUAACAGCAAACUCCAGAGACCUUGGCUAGCUCAGACGAAAUAGAAAACAUAGAUUCAGGAGAAGCCAGGGAGGUAGGCGUUCUGCAAUGGAUUGUGGUAAAGUACGAGAUAAAGAGGGGAGAAGCAGGGUGGAACCUGUAGUUUUGUGCCUGUUCAUCUGAGGUCUGCAAGAUGAAUGGGCUGAGAACUGUCCUAUCUAUUUCCACAAUACGUUCACACAAUUAAAGCCAUUAGUUAGAACUUUCUUCCAGGAAGCUACUGGGAGAAUGGGAUUUCUCUUAAGAGGCAGAUUAAAAAGAAAAAGAAAAGAAAAUCCUCCUGGAAUACACAAAAACAUAUGCACACGAAGAAUGAAGCCAGUGGCCAUUUGCUAGUAGUGCUGCUUGAAAGUCAUAUGCACCUAGAGCCUCUGCCUUCCAACAUGUUUUAAUAAGAAACCAUAUUAACAAGGUGAUACAAGCAAUGCUUGGGAGGAAAGGGACGAAGUUCAUUAAUUUCAUAAAUUCAUUGGCUGGAAAGCAUCUCAUUCCCCGCGUCUCAUGCUAGAAUUUGAUCUACUCGCUCCUCUACAUUCAGUCUACAGGCAUGUCUUAGUCUGUAUCCAUCCCUGACUCUGGCCUCUGUGGUCUCUUGCCUGGACUAUUUUAGGAGCCCACAUGCUGCCAGUCCUGACCCUCACAAAUCCAUCCUUUUUUACCAAAGCCAGAGGGCUCUUUCUAAAAUGCAUGCACAGUCCCUUAUUAUGUGAUAUCCCACGACAUUCAUAAGCCCAUCCCCCAGUGCUUUCUGUGACUGUGAGGAUAAGAUCCAGAAUGUUGCUUUAACUACUGAAGCACCUGGGGACUUCAGCUCUGUCUCCAGGCCCACCCUUCCCCACCACUGUCCCUCUCCCAAGCUUGGCUUCAAGCCACAUAGAACUACAUGUCCUUCCACAUAGAGGCCAGAUCUUGUCUGGAUGCCAUGGAUAUUAAUUGUGAGCAACAAAAUCCUUGUAGUCAUGGAGAUGACAGUCUGAAAUAGCCAGCCAAGAAGUAAACAGAUAAACACAGGACGACCAUGGUUGUAGGGGGUACUAUGGGAACAAAGGAAGAUGCAAGGUACCCAAUUCAGACUAAAGGUUGUAGAGAGAAUGGGUCUAGGGUUAGGCAAGUAUUCCAAAAGAGCCACUUGGCUUGAUGAAGGAAAAGGUGCACUCGGGACAAAAGAAUGUGCCAAAUGAAGGCCAGGCCUUUCCAAGCUUGAUCAGAGUCAAGACUGCAGGGGGAGUGAUACUGGUAGAGGUCAGCUCAGUUAACUGGAGACUGGAAGUGGGGAGACCUAUGAGAACCACCACAACAGCGAGGUGCAAGCAGGCAGCUCAUGAGUUAGCAUAACAGCAAUCUGCAGUGCCUAGGAGGCUAGGCCAUUUCUACAGUGAGUCAAGCGGGGCUGAUAGGUACUAUGGCAAACCAGAGGGCACGUGCUGCAGCUAAAGAGGGGUAGCCACUGCUCAAGUCCAGCCAACUGUAGCCAAAUGCAAAAUGGAGGCAAAGGAUGCCAGAUGUGCUUUGUCAAGAUAAACAGGAAAUCCCAAUUUCGAUGGGAAGUCUUCCAAGUUUUAAAUGUUCACAACUAAUUUAUUUCAUUAAAAAAAAACCAAAACAAGCAAACUUCAGCAGGAAAAACCAAAGACAUCUGCAAGUCACCAAUCUGCAACUUCUAGGCUAGGACUGGGAAAUGAGGAUGGAGACUCCAGGCACUAGAAAAUUUUCUUGCUUCUUACCCAGGGAUCAGAAGGCAAAAACACUGAAAAUAAAGAUGACCCCCAGGAAGGCAGGAAGGUGGCAUUGGCGGCAGCAGCAGCCAGGGCAGAAGCUCCCCAGGAAUGAAAGCAAACUCUCUGAAGGCUAAGAAUGAGCCUAGGCCUUCAGAAUCACAGCCCAAUAUCCUUGAGCUCAGCUAGCCAACAAUUGUUCAUUGAGGGCCUACUAUGUGCUCGGCAUUGUUCCAGACUCUUAAAAAGCAGCAGUGUGCAAAUCUGAAAAAACUCCCUGCUCUACACUUUGGGAGGCCAAGGUGGACAGAUCACCUGAGGUCAUGAGUUCGAGAGCAGUCUGGCUAACAUGUUGAAACCCCGUCUCUACUAAAAAUACAAAAAUCAAAUGUGUGUGGUGGCGGGUGACUAUAAUCUCAGCUACUCAGGAGCUGGAGGGUGCAAUGAGUUGACAUCGUGCCGCUGCACUACAGUGUGGGUGACAGAGUAAGACUUCGUCUCAAAAAAAAAAAAAAAGAAUAAAAAUAAAAAAUAAAUCUCUGCUCUAGAGGAAUGCACUUAUGUACUCUAUUUCUAGGGAAAAUGAAAAAUAAGACAGUCUUCAGUGGUUUAGCAAAGGCUGUGGUAGAGACUCAUCGUCUUCAGCUGUAGUGCCACUCACCUUUUGGAAACUCAAAGAUAAAAAAGCCUACAAGUCAAACAGGCCCCAAAGGCCCAGGGCUCCAGCAUUCUAGAACUGAAGAGCAUGGGUUUUCCUGCUUGUUUUUGGCUGUAACCCCAACACCUAGAACAGUGCCUGCACAUGCUAACAUCUGCCGAAGGAAUCUGGGCUAAGAGGUAUUCCCAAGAGCCCAGGGGGAGAAAAAUCACUAAAGUUGGUACUGCUUUUUCCCCACAUUAAAAGCAUUUCUCUUUUGCCUCUAACUCUCUUUGUGGUGGUAGAUAGGUAGAAUCAGGUCUUAAGGUAAAUAGUAAUAAUGAUCGUUGGUCUUUUUCUGUUUUAGCAAGCUUGGGUAUUCAGAAACAAGCAGAGGCAAUAUCUAACAGCCCGCUACAAAAAGGAAGUAGAAAUGAAGGAACAUGGACUCUGACAGUCCCCAUUCCUCAUUUUCAUCUCUGCUUCUCAGACAGUCCUUUCUCCUUUUUACUUUAUCAUAAUGUGUUUCAAGAUAUGUUUGCCGGCUAGAUGCAGUGGCUCACACCUGUAAUCCCCUGGUGAAAUCCCGCGUCCUCCCAAAAUACAAAAUUAGCUAGGUGUGGUGGUGCAUGCUUGUAAUCCCAGCUGCUUGGGAGGCUGAGGCAGGAGCGUCCCUUGAACCUGAGAGGCAGAGGUUGCAGUGAGCUGAGAUAGUGCCAUUGUACUCCAGCCUGGGCAACAAGAGUGACACCUGUCUCAAAAAGAAAAAAAUGAAUAGUGUUAGUGAUACAUAUUAUUUUGGAACCAAUUCUUAAGCAAUAAUUAAAAAUAAGAAUGCAGCUAUGGUGAUUGAGUUUUUAUGUUAUGAAUUUUGAAUUUUAUACUCUGAAGGCAUGGUCACUAUGAGUGCCAGAGAAAUAAAUGGAAUAAAAUUUUAUUUGAAAGCUGGGAUUGUUGCAUGCCGCGGUGUGUUUUUUUGUUUGUUUGCUAUUGCUGUGUAACAAAUGACCACACACUUAGCAGCUCCCACUAACAUCUGUUUAUUAACUAAAAUUAUGUAGAUCAGAAGCCUGGACACAGUGUGACUGGCUUCUUGGCUCACGGUCUCAUGGGGACAACAUCAAGGUGUCAGCUGGAGGUCCGUCCCUUCCUGCAGGCUCUGUGGAAGAAUCCCUUGCUAGGCUCACUCAGGGUGCUGGCAGAAUUCAGGUCCUUGGAGUUGUAAGACUGAGGCCCCUAUUUCAUUUUGACUUCAGCUGAUGGCUGCUCUCAGCUCCUGGAAGCCACCCACAUUCCUUGACUUUUGGCACCCUGCAUCUCAAAGCCAGCUACAGAGACUCUCUUGUGCAUGGAGUCCCCUCGGCUUUGAAUUUCUCCGACUUCGACUAUGCUAUCUAGGCCAUGGGUUUCAAGGGCUCACAUGACGAGGAUAGUCUCUUUAUCUCAAGGGCAACUGAGUUGGAGUCUUAAUUAACACUGACAAAAUCGCUUCACCACAGUAUCUAGCGUACGAAUUGACUGAGUAACUGGAAGAAGCCAUGUGUACAUCGCGGACCAGAAAUCUGGGAAGCUAAUUAGAAUUUUACCUAUCAAAGCCACAUUUUCUUUUUUUUUUUUUUGGAAUAACAGAAAAAUAAAAACAAGACCAGAUCUUUACAGAGACUUUUUCAGAGACAGAAAGUUUAAUAUAAAGAAAGGGAGUAAUAGAAGAAGAUGUAAACUGUAAAGACAGGAUGAGGCCGGGCGCAGUGGCUCACGCCUAUAAUCCCAGCCUUUUGGGAGGCCGAGACAGGUGGAUCAUGAGGUCAAGAGAUCAAGACCAUCCUGGUCAACGAGGUGAAAUCCCAUCUCUACUAAAAAUACAAAAAUUAGCUGGGGAUGGUGGUGUACGCCUGUAGUCCCAGCUACUCGGGAGGCUGAGGCAGGAGAAUUGCUUGAACCCAGAAGGCGGAGGUUGCGGUUAGCCAAGAUCGUGCCAUUGCACUCCAGCCUGGGUGACAACAGCGAAACUCUGCCUCAAAAAGAAAAAGAAAAAAAAAAAAGACAGGAUGUUUAGGUAGAGCACCUUACAGGGAAUCAGAGAUUUUAUUACAGGCAGACACGCCUUUAUUCGUGAGCCAAGCAAGUGAUUUUACAGGAAAAGCAGAAUGGGGAGUUCUACGGCUCAUGAUCUUCAGUUACCAGCAGUGGAGGUGAACUGAAAACAUUUGAUCUCUUGUGCAGCCUGGUGCAACUCAUUAUCUUCUAUGUGCCUCAAGGUUUUUACCGAAUUUGCCAUUGAAAAUAAUGGGAAAAACCGCAAUGACUUUUGCACCAACCUUAUAGAAUGAGUUGGUAUUCAGGAUUGCUAUAAUGAUGAGGCAGUGGCAAAUGACAUCUUCUUUUUUAGCGCCGUGGAGGCAUCUGCUGGGCUCUCAACACACAUCCCUUCCGCUGUCCUUUUCUCAGAUAGAGUUUUCCAAACAAACUGGAUGCUCAACUCUGGAUUUGAUCCAAGCCUUCUGGAAAUCAGUAGCUUCUCGAACUGUUUCAUGGUAGAGUGGCUUUUGGGCACAGGAGAAGGAAGUAAGAGCAUUGAGAGCCUUGGGAAUGCUGCCCUUAGGUCCCACGCUGGGGGCAAAAUUCCUCCAAGAGCUCACAUUAUCUCAAAAACCAUGCGUAUUCUGGAUCGCCCCUGAAUUCAGCCUUGUUGUGGGUUAAUAUAUGAACUAGUGUUUUCAUUACUUACCAGUUACACUCCCACUCCAGGAAUGCAUGUGUCUCCCCUUUGUUCCUGCAUCCCCUGACGCUAAGCAGGCCAGGGUUAAGGGAGGCAAGCGAUGCACGUCCCCUCCCAGGUUCAUGCAGGUACCUAUUCUGCACUUACUGAUUCUGAGCUCGUAGACUCCAUGAAUGUCUGCUCUUGGCAUUGCACUUGCUUCAGACUCGGCUGACUCUGUCGGACAUAUCACUUCCUCUCAUUGAAGAGGCCUCUUACCAUGCAUGGCUCUUUGUCAGAUAUUCACACUCAGUCAAUACCUGCAUGCCUUUGAGGCCAUCUGCACCUACUGGCAAUCUCAUUGCGCCACUGAAUGGAGGGUGAAUGCAUGCAGGCUAGGAGUGAUGAUCUUUUAACACCAGAAAGACCCUCGUCUGUGGAAGUGCUGAGCUCUUCAGUGUCAUCGCAGAAAAGCCUGAGCCCAUCCCUGGUACGGAGUCAUCAUAUCCCAUAGCUGAGCUAUGUGGGAGCUCCACGAUGAGGAGGUGACACACAAUCAGCUAAUUACAUAAAGAGAACUUGAGCAAACUCCACAGCUCCACUUCUUACUCUGCCAUAUGCUGCUCAGAUUCCUCUGAAAAGCUUUGCAGAUGUUCUGUUUUUUUAAUCGCUCCCCCUAUCUUUCUUUCUUUGCACCCACGAUGCUCUGAACUUAAAGCUAAAUAUAAUGUAUCUGAUUUCCCAGCAUGCAUACUAAUCAGGUCUGAAAGUUGUCUUGUGAGGCUUUAAAAAGCUAGCCAAGAGCAGUGCGAUUUCUCCAAUCAGGAUGAUUACAUGGGAAAAUAAAUCAUAAUUUAUAUUGCUGAAAAUGUCAUUUGCAAAAACACUGUGACAAUACUUUCCUUUCAGUCUAUUUUCCUGUGUGUGUGGGGGGUUAGUGCUGCCCUUCUACAACUUUCCUUGUAUUUUAUUGAUUUAUUUAUUUUUAAUACUCUGAAUAUCCCCAGAGCAAUUGCACAUUCAGGGCGGUAUAGGGUGGUUCCCGAAGCCCAAAAUUCAACAAUAACAACAUAGAACAGAGAAUCCAAACAUAGUAUGUGUUUAGGAUACAGGCACUCAUGUGGUUGAACACACACACACACACACACACACACACACACACACACACUUUUUUUUUUCCCAUUGCAAUAGAAUGUAAUGGUAGAUUUUUAGAACCAAAUUACUUCGGAGGCUUUCUUCUAUUCUGCUACCUUCAACUUGAAUAAACUAUAUUAAAUUAUCCAGCAGGAUUGAUUAGUGAUCCGAUUCAUUAAUAUCCCUUGGUAUUAAGAACCAUCUCUAAUUGUGUCCUGGUUGGCAGAGAGUAAGUCCACAGAUGCCAACAAUUAAUAUCUGUGGUUGAUUGUAAAAAUGGCCACCAAUUCUUUCCUCUCCCCUGCCCAUGUACGUCCUUGCAUUGUGAAAUUGUAGAUUCUCCCCUCCAAAGGUGAAGUUAGUUUCUCUACUCCCUGAACCAGGAUGCCGUGAACUUUGUUUUGACUAAUGAGGCAUUUGGAAACACGACACAAGCAGAGGCAAGAAAAGCGCUUCUAUGUUAGUGCUUGCCCACUUGUUGUGCUAGGAACUCUUUUACUUUUUGGUGUGAACAAGCCCAGGCUACCUUUCUGGGUGAUGAGAGACACAGGACCAUGUCACCCCAGCCAAGAGCCAACUUAGAGACAGAACUGCCGGGCUGACAGCAGAUACCUGCCCAGCUGAGCCCAGCCCCAACUGGGCUUAUAUAAUCUUGAGCUAAACAUAAGUAGCUGUUGUUUAUAGCCAGUAAUGCUUGGGAUGGUUCAUUGCACAGUAAAAUUUAAUGGAGACAGUACUUUUAAUGUUGACUCUUUGUGAGGUGUUGUAAAGAGUGAAAUGUGUAGUGUGUGCCCUUUUUUUUUUUAGCUGUAUGCCUGGUAUGUGAAAGUGUUUAGUUAUUUGGUGAGUGAAACCUCGCUGAUGUCCUAGCCAACCUUUUCUGUCUCAGAAAGCAUGAACAUUUCAUCCAGGGUUAUAAGCUACAAGAUACUGAAGAAAUUGAGGAUCCUUGAAAAUCUUGUGCCUCCCUCACGAGGAUCAGGUGGCAAGAUCUGAUGGAAGGGAAAAGAGUGUUAACACAGAGAACCCAGUGGAGGCCUUUCGCAGAGGUCUCACGCCAAGAAAUGAUCAUUUCUCCUAAGCGAUCAGUUUCCUUUUCAAUCUGAACUUCAUAUCUGAUAGUAGUCCCGUCUUUUCUCUGGUCACUCAGGAGCUCAAAUAUAAAUUUUUGUCACACUUCCACUUGGCUCCAGCAAAGUCAUAGAACAAAAUGGUACCUCUCUGGCCAUCAAUUUCACCUAUCUCUUUAUUUGUUUAAGAACUUUAACUUAAUUUUUUCCCCUCAAGAUCUGUUUAUGGAUCAUCUGUUUUCUUUUUCUCCAUUUCCCUCCUCUUUAUUUUGCUCUCUUUUUCCCUCACUCUCAUGUCUUCUCUAGUUUUUAUCUACAGUGGGUUUUAAUGAGCGCCAUCUGACAUCCUCCUUUCUUUUUAAGAAGGCAGGUAGAAAACAAAACCAAAACCAAAGGAUGCACUUACAAUUGUUGUAGCCCUAGGAGCUGAGAGAGGAGGACAGGCAGUUUCUUGGACAUUUCGCUCCCCGGCAGGGAACCUCGCUUUGUCUAUUCAUUCAUUCAUCAGAGGCAGCAUAGCAGAGUAGAGAGUACUCUGACUUUGGCGUUGGUGCUUUCAGGUUUGAAGUCUAAGUCCGUCGCUGUAUUAGUUUCCUCUUGCUGAUAGUUGUUUUGUUAGAAACAAAUUGCCAAAAACUUACUGGCUUAAAACAAUACAUGUUUAUCAUCUUGCAGUUCUGGGAAGUCACAGGUUCAAAAUCAGCCUUACCUGGUCAAGGUGUCAGUAGGGCUGGUUCCUUCUGCGGGCUAUGGGAGAAUCCAUUUUCUUGCAGUUUUCAGCUUCUAGAGGCCUCCUGCAUUCCUUGGCUCUUGGCCCCUUCCUCUGUCUUCAAAGCCAGCAGUAAUAUUAUCUCACCUCGUUUACUGAUUCUUCUUCUGUUGUGCCAUCAUAUUCUCCUAAUCUGACCCUCCUGCCAUUCUUUUAUAAGGACGCUUUUGAUUCCACUGGGACUACUCAAAUAUUCUUUUAAAAUCUCUCCAUCUCAAGGUCCUUAAUCACGUCUUCAAAGUCCCCUUUGCCAUGCCUGAUGACAGAAUCACAAAUUUGGGGGAAGAGUGUAGGCUUCUCUUGUAGGGAGUCCUUAUUAUUCUACCACAGCCACUAAUUUUAGACUUCGGGUCUCUCAUCCGUAUAACAGGGGUAACAAUAUUCUCCAGGCUAUCCGCAGAAGUAGAAAAUACAAGCUUUAUCUAGGGGGUCACUCAGUGAUUGGAGUCUUCCUUAUAAAACUGUCCCAGGUCCAUUUCUCAGGACUGACAUAUGGGCAAGACCAUCACAUUUUUCAACCCCCUCAGCAGUGACUGAGCAGAUAAGCAUACAGUGGCAAUUGUUCUGUCUGCUUGGGUUGCUGUCAAAGUAUACUAUAGACUGGACAACUUAAACAGCAGACCUCUAUUCCUCACAGUCUAGAGGCUGGGAAGUUCAAGGUGAAGGUGUGGACAGCUUCAGUGCCUGCCUGGGGCUCUCUCUCUGGUUCCCAGAUGGAUGCCUUUGUGUGUCCUCCCAUGGCAGAAAGAGGAGUAGCUCUGGACUCUUUCUCUUCUUAUAAGGAUCUAAUCCCAUCAUGCCCGCCCCCACCAUGAUCUCAUUUGAAAUUAAUCACUUGCCAAAGGCAUCGCCACCAAAUACUGUCACACUGGGGCUUAGGGCUUCAGCAUAUGAAUUUGGGGGAACUGGGGGAAGGAACACAUACGUUUAGUCCCUAACAGCUAUCUCACUUACACCUCUACUUAGUGAUUCAGAGAAUAGGAUGUAUAGUGGGGAAAACAUGAUAUCAGAACCAGGAGAAGGUCCUAUGACUUUCUACGUUCAGCUGAAAGCAAACCUUUGCUGCCUCGGGCCUGUGGCUGCUCCUCUCCAAUCAUCCGUAGCCUUGACAGCCUUGACUGUGAAAUGUGAGGCAUCAGUGUGAGGCACAGGAUGGUUCCGAGGACCAAAUGAAGCUGUUUGUGUGGAGGCUGGGCGGGUGGAAGUGCUCCGAGGCAGCCGGAAGCUGUGGUUUCUACCUCCUGAGACUGUGCAGAGCUUCCUUUCCUGUGGGCAGAAGUCUCGUAGGACGGGGCUCACAACAGUGCAGACAGGAGAUUGGAAAUGUUAGUGGCACCGAAGUGGACUUCACUUCCUCCUCGUACAGUUUCUACCAGAAAGGCGGAAAUGUACAAUAAACUGAGCACCGAUAGAGCACCAAGAACAUGCUUUUGCACAUUGUUUGAUUCAUCAAUCAGAGCCCGGCAUGGCUGUCAUCAGUUUACAGCUGAGAGAACUGAAGAUCAAAGGGGUCUUGUCUCCGUGAAUAGAAUUAGUAAUAGCAGCAGUAUCGAUAGCAAUCAUGACAGUAAUUAAAACUGUAGCAACAGCAGAGUCAUCAUAGCAGAAACACAUUUGUGUGCUGUCGAGGUGCUAGGCCUGAGGCUCAAGUCGUACAUUCAUAAUUUGUUUAUCCCACCCUAAGUGGUAGGUGUAUUCGUCAUUCUCAGUGUCAGAAGAAACUGAGCUUCAGAGUGGCUGAGCAAGGAUCACAGGUCCAACCUUGGUGAAGGGCAUGAUUGGCAGAAGCCCAAAUUAAGCCCCUUUCCCAAAGCAGUGCAGCCUACCAGAGUCCUUCCUCUUCUACUGCCAAGAAGUGAGGAUUUUUUUUUUUUGUUCUGAAAGGUCCUCAGGCUCAUUGCCACCUGGUACUGUAUUUAAAGGGUGCCUUUUGCCGCCUAACUAGGGCAAGGGAGAACCAACCGGCUGUUCCCCACUGGCUGUGGAAACUUCCAGCUCAUCCACCCUGCAUCUGUAGCUGAGUCGAGGAGAAAAGGAGAAAGUUUCCUCCCACAGCUGGGCCACCAAACCAGUGGAGCCUCCAGCCAGGGUGGUCUCAAGGAGGCCCAUUACCAGCUGGAGUGACAGAGUGUGGCGAGCCUGCAGCUCAUCCGGUGUCUAAUGGAACAGAAACAAGCACCCUGCUGCCCUUGUUUUCCAGUGCCUCGUCGGGACUCUGCGAGGUUUAUUAAUCUCAACGUAUAAUGGAAAAUGUGUUGCCACGUUUAAUCCAGAGCCACUGUUCACUACUCCGCGGAUUGAAGGCGGCAGGAGUCUUUGUCUUAUUUACACACAGUGCCUGUGAGAGACACUUAGGGCAGAAGAACGCCAUCGUAAAAAUCCUUGCGGAAUUUGAAAGUGUGCAUUAAUGCAUGUGACCAGAUGGUUCUGAAAUAUGCCACUUUAACCAAAAAUCAUCCUCUGAAAAACUCUUCUGAAGAACAUUGACUGUGCAUAAUAACUGCCUUGAGUUGAGCCAUUUUAGAAAACAUAUGAGUUACGGGAUGAAGGUGAGGGAGGAAAAUGGUUCCUACUUAGGGUUACUUCGUCCCUCCAAAAGCCUGCCUGGGGGAAAAAAUUCCACCCAAUACAAGAAGUAUGGCGGUGCUUAGACCAUUUAGAAUCACUUUGAGUUAUUACCCAGAAAUUGCUAACCACUGCUUUCCAAGUUAUAUGUUAAAUUUUAUUUCUUUUAAAAAAGGCUUCCACCCUUUUUUGGCGGUGGGGCAGGGGGGUAGGGGAUGGAGUCUUGCUUUUUCACCCAAGCUGGAGUGUAGGGGUGAGAUCCAGGCUGGCUGCAACCCCUGCCUCCUGGAUUCAAGAGAUUUUCCUGCCUUAGCCUCCCAAGUAGCUGGGAUUACAGGCAACCGCCACCACGUCCAGCUAAUUUUUGAAUUUUAUUAGAAAUGGGGUUUCACCAUGUUGGCCAGGCUGGUCUCAAACUCCUGACGUCAAGCGAUCCACCUGCUUCGGCCUCCCAGAGUCCUGGUAUUACAGGCGUAAGCCACUGCCUGCGCCCAGCCCCAACUUCUUAAAAGCCAGAAACAACUGGCUGUUAGUUAGCUGUCAUAAUAUUGACACUAGUGUCUGCACGGAAGUUUGUCUUACAAGUUUUAAGGUCUAUCAGUACAUGCAUCUAAUAAUCCUAACACUGUCAUCCUGACACUUGAGGUCUUAUUAUCCACUUCUCCCUUAGCUAUGUAACCAGAUGAAUAACCUACUCUGAAUUUACCCAGAUAGUGCUUGACACCACACACAAUGAGACUGGAGCCUCUCAGGCUGGCUCAUCACAGGGGGAGCAGAAUGCUUCGCAGGUAAGCCGUCACUGUGGGGCAGGGGGACUUAAGGCCACUCUGUCUGAGGAACACUCAGGUUUGCUAACCAUUGCUUAAAAUCACAGGGUACCUGGGGACUUUAUGGGCAGAAAUGCGACUUUCUCUAGCAAAGAUGUACUGUUUCCCACUCAGAAGAAUCAAAAAUAGAAAAGUGCUUCUUCGUCUCUCUCAUUGUUCUUAAAACAAUUAGGUGCAUUUUCCUUGAAUCAAGGCAGUUUUUUUUUUUUAAUAAAACAUUCUAUUUCAUAUCACUGUUCAAACUUGACAUCCACAUUUGAGUUUGUUUAAAAUAUUACCAUUUUGUUGACACGAACCUGUAUUAUGUCUUUCAGUUGGUCAGUCAUUUAAUUUAUAUUAUACCAUUUCAGGAGCAGUUGGAGAAAAGGGAAAAAGUUAAAUGUGAAUGAUUCCUUUCGUAACUGCAAUUUUGUCGGCUCCUUUUUGUACAUAUAUGAUUAUGAAGCAAUUUGCAUGAAAUUUACACCUUUUCAAAUUUUGAAAAUUGCCUUGUUGAUAAAAAAUCGCUGUAUUUCUCAAUACUACACUGAUUAAUCACAGUUAGAGAGUAGACAUAACAUUUUUAUUAAACUCUCAGUGAGCAGGAAAAUUAGCACUUCCUGCAAUAACGAUACUAAUUUCAUUAGUGAACGUUUUCAUUUAUAAAGUGCUUCUUCCUCGUCUUGAACUUCUUAUCCUUUUCUUAUUGACCAAAGAGAGGGCAUAUCUUUGGGAGCUGAUAAUAAACCAUAUUCAUAAUAUGAUGUGACCUCAUCGACAAGCUGCAGCUUCUAGCUGAUCAUCUUCCUUGAUCAUAAAUAUUCUUCGGUACCUCUUGUCACAUGGCGCUCUUAGAGCUUCCUCUUUGAAUUUCAAAUGUGAUAAGAGAUGGUUUCCAUCCCCAAGAGCUUGCAAUGGGAUGGUUAUUGGCAAGAUUAAAACUCUCCAACUCACAGAUGGAUAUAAAGAUAAAGAAAAUCCAGUAUUUUGUUGACUUAUGUUCAUAUAACUUUAUUGGGUGGUUAUGGUAAUGGGGAAAUAGGUGAGAAUACAGGAAAGGCUUGUGGCCCUGUUUGCCUUGUAAGAAAUUGAACUUUGCAAACAAACCCAGGGGAAACUAGCGAGGUGGGAAUAAAGACUGCCAGACUAGGGGUCUGGGGCCGAAGUAUUUUAUUAAUAUAAAACUUUGCAUAUAAAUGCCCAGUUUCACUACCAAGGGCUUUCUGAAACAUUGGUAGUAGAUGAAGUAAUGCAACAAUUUUUUUUUUCUUUGAGGCAGGGUCUGGACUGCGGUGGUGCAAUCAUAGUUGACUGCCACCUUGGUCUCCUGGGCUCAAGGGAUCCUCCCGCCUCGGCCUCUCGAGUAGCUGGGAUUACAGGCAGGCACCACCAUGCCAGGCUAAUUUUUUAAUUUUUCUUUUAUACAGAUAGAGUGUCACUCUGUUGCUCAUGCUGGUCUCCAUUGUCUGGGCUCAAGUCAUCCUCCUGCCUCGGCCUCUCAAAGUACAGGGAUUAUAGGUGUGAGCUACCAAGCCUGGCUGCAGCCGUUACUAAGCCAACUUGCUGUUAGAAGCCAGGAGUUUCUCAAGUUUCUGAGAACACAAAGGUGAACCCCAGACAAGCCAGGUUUACAGAGUGUAUGUUCCAGUCGGGGAGCCAGUACAAAAAACACCAAGGCAAAAUAUAUUCCAGUGGUGACACAUUUUCAGAAACAGACAGACACUGCAAAGGGGUAGAAAGGAAUGGCGGGGGAGAAGGCGGGGCAAGCUUUAGAAAGGACAGCCAGGCAAGGACACAGUUUCAGAGGUGAGAAGGAGCUGGCAGUGUGAAGAGCCACAGGAAAAGUGUUUUGGGCAGAAGGAACGGAAAGUGAAUUGGAGCCUCAUCAAGGCAAACAUUAUUCAUUGAAUUGCCCAGGCAAGUUGUUCAUGUGCCCUGUGAGUUCUGAAUGUAGAAUUGAGGUCUAUUUUUGAAGGGAAGUAUUGGUCCUUUCUUUGUGUCUGUGAGGGAAAGUUUACUAUAUCUACUUACAGUAGGAGAGAAAUGUACAUGUCUGAAAACCCACUGAGGGAGAAAGGGGCAGUGACGGAUUCUAAAUGUUAAUAAUGCAGAUAGCCUUUUCGUUAUGUGUCAAUUUUUGUAAAUGUAUUGCUUAUAUAGCUUUUUAUGAGCCAAUAAUGGCUUAGAAAGGUAAAUGACUUUCCCAAGGUCAUACUACCAGUACACUUAGGAGCCAAGAUUAAUCUUAGAUGACUUUGUGAAAUGUCCCAUUAAAUAUAAACGUGUGUGUGUGUGUGUGUGUGUGUGUAUUGCAUUGCAUGCAUUAUGGUUUAACAGAUGAACAUUCACUUGACACAUUAUGUUUUAACUUUAUUAAUAACAUUUUGUGGGCUAAGGUCAUAUUUUGCCUGCUUGACAUAUGGAUUUUAAAGGGCAAGGGCCUUAGAAUACAAACCAUCCUGUAAAGAGUAUCAUAUUCUCGAAAACAUGUUCAUACUCAUCAGUCAAGGCAUUGCAGUUGGCUGGGCGUGAUGGCUCAUGCUUGUAUUCCCAGCACUUUUGGAAGCCAGGGUGGGUGGAUCACUUUAGGUCAGGAGUUUGAGACCAGCCUGGCUAGCAUGGUGAAACCCCAUGUCUACUAAACAUACAAAAUUAGCUGGGCAUGGUGGCAUGUGCCUAUAAUCCCAGCUGCUUGGGAGGGUGAGACAGGAGAAUCGGUGGAAUCAGGGCUACGGAGGUUGCAGUGAGCCAAGAUCACGUCACUGCACUCCAGCCUGGGCAACAGAGCUAGACUCCGUCUCAAUGAAAAAGAAAAGGAAAAAAGAAAGAAAGAAAAGAAAAAUAAGGCAUUGCUGUUAAUAAAACAAUGAUAAAUUAUUUCACAGUCACCAGAUUGGCGAAAGAUUAAGUAAUAAGGCAGUAACAAGUAUUGGAAGGAUAUGGAGAAAUAGGGAAUUUUAUUCAUUACUGAACUGAAAUAGCCAUUUUGAAAAAUAUUUUGGUAUUACCUAAUAAAGUAGUACUUAACAACUCAUGCAAUUUCAUUCCUAUAAAGAUGCCUAAGAGAAGCUCUUAAGAAGUAGGGAAAGUUUCAGAGUGCUUCUGGCAUGUUAUUUGUGAUAGCAAGAAACUGUAAGGUCCCCAAAAGACAUCUACAAUAAAAAGGGGGAAUCAGUGGAGACACAUCUCUGUAUACUAGUUAGCGGUAACAACGGAUGGCUACCAGAACCUUCAUCAACAUAGAAGAAUCUCAGUAAUAUAAUAUAGGAUUAAAACAGCAUUACAGCUGGGCAUGGUGGCUCACGCCUAUAAUCCCAGCACUUUGGGAGGUUGAGGCUGAGAGAGGCAGAUCACUCAAGCUGAGGAGUUUGAUACCAGCCUGGGCAAUGUAGUGAGACCCCAUCUCUACCAAAAAUACAAAAGUUAGCCAGGCAUGGUGUCAUGUGCAUGUGGUUUCAGCUACUUGGAGACUGAUGUGGGAGGGUUAUUUGAGCCCAGAAGGUUGAGGCUGCAGUGAGCCAUAUGAUUGCACCGCUAUACUCCAGCCUGGGCUACUGAGUAAGACCCUGUCUCAAAAAUAACUUAAAAAAAAUCAAAUAAAUCAAGCAUUUCCAUAGGUGAAUAUAUACAGUAUGAUUACUUUUAUAGAAAGUUGAAAAUACUGGCAAACCUAAACAUAUUGUUUGAGGAUAUUUGCUAAAACUCUAAAGAAAAGCAAGUGAAUGAAUAACAUAAAAUAUGAGCUAUUGUUUUCCCAGAUGUGUGGUGGGAUGGGCAUGGCGGGGAGGAAAACAGAAUGGUCCCAUGGGGACAGAUACACAGGGGAGAGACUGGAAAGUUUUCUUUCUUAAAAUGACUGAUAGGUACCAAUGUAGUCAUUCUCUAUAUUAAUAAAGUGUACAUAUGUUGCUUAUAUGAAGUCUUUGGUUACAUGUAGCAUAUACCCAAAAAUCUGCUUCCAGAAUUAAAAGCUUAAAAAAUGGUCUAGUACCUUGAAACCGAAAUAGGGGUCAGAUACUUGGCUAUUUUGUUUUUUUCUUCUUAGCUAUUUUGACCUACUGUAAGAUUUUGCCGGAUGGAAAAAUAAGAAUGUGUGUUUACACCCUGUGCUUUGAAUUUCUCCAUUCUUCACUCCUUCCUGUAUGUCAGAUACGUCUUUCUAAAACACACCUUUGUCACAUCAUUCCUCUGCUCAAAAACGUGCAGUGGCUCCCUGUGUCCUCUGGGACUAAGCUUGUAAUACUCAGCUUGUCAUGCCUUUGCCCAGUGUACUCUCUUUCUCACUAAUUCGUUCACUAUUUCAGUGCAUUUUCUUGAAACACCUUCGUAGACAGCCACCAGAUGGGUAGCAGCAAUGCUGCAUUGAACCCUGAAUCAGAACCUUUCAUCAGGUUUACUGGCUUCCUGUCCUUGCCACAGCAUCUGCUCAUUCUCCAUCUUCACUUGAACAAACUUCACAUUCUCUACUUGCGUAUCAUUCAGUAUUCUUGCUACAUAAAUCAACACAAAUUUUGCAGCUUUAAGCAGCACACAUGUAUUAGCUCAUGGUUUCUGUGGAUCAGGAAUCUGAGUAUGGCUUAGCUGGAUCCUCUGCCUAGGGUCUUACAAAGUUGCAGUCAGAUAUUGGCCAGGGUGUGUUCUGAUCUGGUAGCUUGACUGGGGAAGAAUUGGCUUCUUGGAUCACUCAGAUGACUAGCAGACUUUAUUUCCUUGUAGCUUUUUCACUCAGGACCUGGCUUCUUGCUGAUGGUUGGGUGUUGGCUGGAGGCAGCCCUCAGCUCCUAGAGGCAGGCAUAGUUCCUUACUAUCUGGACUUUUCCCACAUGGCAGCUUUCUUCAAGUCAGCAAGAAGAGUCUCUGGGGCAAGUUGGCCAGCAAGAUGGAGUUUUAUAUGCCCAGUGUAAUCAUGGGAGUGAUGCAUACCUCAUCAUCUUUGCCAGAUUCUGCUGAGUAAUAGCAAGUCAGAAGUCCUGCACACAUUCAGAGGGAGGGAACAGUGGGGUGAAUACCAGGAGGUUGGGAUUAUGUGGGCCACCUUAGAGUUUGUCAGCCACAACUUGAGGUUCCUUCUCUCCUCUGACUCUAAAACCUGAAUCUUAUCUCAAGUUGUCUGUGGUUGCUUCCUUCCUGAAAGGAGGAAGAAGCCCAUGAGUGUCUCAUGGCCAGAAGAUCUGCCUUCAAAGACUACUACCUACGUUGUCACAAAUGGCAAGAUUUCAUCCUUUUUUAUGGCCGAAUAAUAUUUCACCGUAUAUGUGAACCACAUUUUUUAAAUGCAUCUCUGAACCUGGAGGACAUUGUGUUAAGUGAAAGAAGCCAGACACAGAUAGACAAAUACUGUACUAGCUGACUAAUAAUGUGGAAUCUAAAAAAAUCAAACUCAGAGAAAAAAAGAGUAAGAAUGGUGGUUGCUGGGGCUAGUGGGUGGGUGAAGUGGGGAGAUGGUCAUGAAAAAGUUCAAACUUUUCAUUAUUAAUAAACCAGUUCUGGGGAUCUAAUUUACAGCCUGAAUGGUGAUGGAUGUGUUAAUUAAUUUGAUUGUGAUAAACAUUACACAAUGUAUAUAGAAAUCAAGUCAUUCUAUUAUACACCCUGAAUAUAUUCACUCUUUAUUUUUCAAUUAAAUAUGUAUAUUUUUAAAGCUGCUAUCUAAAGCCUUAAAGUUAAGGCAGGAAGAUUUUGAAGAAAGACUUUGCAUAUGUUAAUUGCUGCCUGGGAGCCUCCUUCAGCUGGGAUGAGAAAUCAUCUUGGCGUGAGUUCUACCCCUGCGGAUGAGGGCCAGACAACACAUCAAAACUCCCUUUCUCAUUUGUUUCGUUUUGUUUUUCAAAGUUAUUAGACUAUGGAAGACUAGGAUCUCCCUAAUACUGUUUUUUCUCAGAAUUUAGAACAUAGUUGUUUAGCAGAUACUAGACUGGAAUAGCUCAAUUUUCAGGUUGCCAGAUGCCCUGAGGACAUGGUGUUAAUCUUACACAUACCCAUUCAUCUGCAGGACUACUGAGGGAUGCUCAGGAAACCGAAAGGAUUUCUGCCUGGAUGGCGAGAAGGCCCAAAUUGUCUGCUUUCACUCCAUCCUAAGAUCCUACAACUUCAGCUUUGCCUUGAUCCUGGGACGUUGGGUCUUUCACAUUCCCUCUCUUAAGUGAUGCGUUUGAUACAUAUUUAUUAAGCACCUACUGUGUGGUGCAUAUUUAAUAAGCACCUACUAUGUGCCAUUAUAGAUCAUGGUACAGUUUUGAAAGCACAACCUGAAUAAUGAUGACACCCUCCUAAAGCCACUAUCUGGUUGAUUAUUCUUAGCGCUAUGAAGAAAAAUUUCAUUAAAUCAAAUCACAACUCCAUUUACUUUUAACCCAAUAUGGUGAAGUUAUCAACAUAAAAUGCCUCUCUAUACUUGAAGAUGAAAAAUGCCUAGAUAAAUACUGCAUGGGACAUUUUAAAACAUGUAAAAAAAUCAAUUUUCAUAAGGUUACAUCUUUUUACCUCUUUAUAUAAAACAUGCUAUAUUAAAAGAGAGAUUAAAUUUUACUCUGUGGAGUAAAAUGCAAACACAGAAUUAUUUUUUUCAUUUUUCAGAGCAUGUACUGGAUUAUUAUUUAUUUAUGAGGCUUUUUUUAAUCUAGAAUAUAUGGAAAUCUUUUCUUGAAGCACAAUAUAAUAUUGAAUUGGGAAUGUUGUCUGACAGUUUCCCUCUUACCGUUGCAUAGAAUGAUUCUCCUGUAUGAAUUUUUAAAAGAAACUUCAAUAUACUCUGCAUUUGAAAGGGAAGAAGUAAUCGCCAUAAUCUCGAGGAAUCUUUUAAAUCGCCUUCCUUCCAGUUCUUGUAUGUUUCACCAACUUUUCUGCAGCAAAUACUGCUUCUGUGAUUUUUCAGAACUCCAAGUGUUCACUGUUCUUCCUUUUAUGCAAAAUGUAUACUUCAUAAUUGAAGUUCACUUCCCAAAAGACAUAGCUUGGUUCAGCAUAGAGCUAUGAUGUGAUUUCUUUUUGUUCCUUUUGCACGCUUUCCUUGUUUGGAGGGAUUGGGCUUGGAUCCUUCCUUCUCCAUGAGGCAGAUAUUUUUCCAUUUCACUCUCCUUAAGUGAUGAAGCUGCACAACCAUGGAAGCCGAGAUCAAGUAAAAAUGCUGCCUUGGGAUUGGUAGCUCAUACGUGUAAUUCUAGCACAUUGGGUGGCCCACGCAGGAGGAACACUUGAGGCCAGAAGUUUGUGAACAGUUUGGGCACCAUAUCAAGACUCUGUCUCUACCAAAUAAAAAUAUUAGCUGGGCAUGAUGGCUUAUACCUGUAGUCCCAGCUACUCAGGAGGCUAAAGAGGGACAUCUCUUAAACCCCAGUGAUUCAGACUUCAGUGAGCUGUGAUUGUGCCACUGUACUUCAGUACCUGGGCAACAGAACAAGACCCUCUCUCUUAAAAUAAAUGCUGCCUUGGGUAUUUUAAUCCUGUUUCAAGAUUGCUUCUAAGGCUAAAAUUUCUGUACCUCCCCCACACUAUCAUCUGCUCACUUUUAUAUAUCUUGACCAUUUUAUUUUUCAUCCCAUCUUCUCUCCAUGUAUUAGUUAGCUAUUGCUGUAUAACAAAUGACCCCAGAAUGCAGUGGUUGGUCUAUAGGUGGUCCUGCUUCAGCCUUCUCAUUCUGUAGCUCAGGUUGAAAGUUGUGUCAUGAAUUGGGAAGCAUUCUUCUCCUGGCGCAAAUUAGUUGUCACCAAUGUCUCAUAAGGGUUUGGCUGAAACUUAGCACAUCUCAUUGCUUUCAUUGGCUAAAGCCAAUUACAUAUCCAAGCCCAGUUUCAGAAGGGAAAUUGUGUGACUUCCAAGGAGGAGAGAGGAUGGAAAGUGAAUAUUUGCUGAACAGACUUUCUGUCCAGUUUGUUGGAUUUGCUGGUGGUGCAGGGCAAAUAUAUGUUUAAAACCUUGUUUAGAUUUUAGCCUUCUUCCGAACAGAGCUUUUAAAUGUGAGCAUAGUUUCUCUAAAUUCCAGCAUUGCUGCCAAGAGUGAAGGGUGCCCUGACCAUGAGCUCAUCGUUUAGCUGGCUCACCUUUUAUUCAACCCUGAGUUCACCAGGAAGGAUGCGCAUACAGCCCUGGGUGUGAUGCCCUAAUUUUGAGCCAGACCAGCUACAGUUCAAGUCCAAACCAUUCCACUUCCUAGCUUUGGGACCAUGGACAAUUUAGUCAUUCUUUCUGGGCUUUGAUUCCUAAAUUAUUUAAAGGGGAAUGAUUAUAUCUACAUUCAUUGUUUUUCACGGAGACCUAUUAGACAAUUCCCCAGUCCAUAGCUCUGGGAGGCCAUGUGUUAACACUCUGUUCGACCCAUCUUCCUAGCAGUCUUGGGGAAGCGGGCCACUUUGCGAAGAAUCUGUUGGUAGGGAAUGUCAGUGACAUGACUUUCAGUUUAGCACAUGUACAGAUGACCUUUUCUGGGCUUGUGCCGUUGGUAAUUCAGUUUCGGGAUUUCACUUUGACAGAAUGUAUUCAACUAUAGUUUCUUGGUAUCAAUUGUACCCUUAUGGCCACAGUUUUUCCCGAUAACCAAGACUCACUAAUUAACAUUUUCACAAGAACAUUUGUCACACAGGUCCAGAUUUCAGAGGAAAAAAGUAAACAGCCAUUGUUCCUGUAGAUACUUUAUAAUAUAUUUGGGGAAUAUCACUGGCCACCUGCUUCAGAAAAUACUUAGCUACUGUCUAAUCUGAAUCUAAGAUGCUAUACGCUAAUUAAGCUGUUGUUGAUACUUUCUUGCCUUUUGACAAUUAAAGAUAGUCUCAUACCACUGGACUAGUCUUUUGCCAUUCAAUUUUAUAUUUAUAUAUAAAAAUGCAUGCAUGCUAAAUUAUAUAUUACUUCUUGCACACACACACACACACACACACCCCAAAUUUAAAAAGACAGAUACAUAGAUAGGCAGUUGUUAUGAUCUGUGUGCAAGAAAUUUAUUUCCAGUUGUGGGUCGUUUGGAAAAAGAUCAAUAAGAUGCAUCAACAUUAUAGGUAAAGGAAAAUGAAUACAGCCACAUGGUUUUCUGCGUGGCUUCCAGACUUGCAUCUCUGACACUUGGAACAUGUAUUAUGUGCUAUAGAACAUCUGUCUGUGAACAGGUAAAUGGCAAAGGUGCAUCCCUACAAAUAAAUAUCACUGUGAUGCUGUUACGGCUUCGUUGAUUGUGUUGAUAUUACUUAUGAACUUUCUUGCUUUUCAGAAACCUCCGCCACAAAAGAAUCAUUAGCAGGAGUGUUACAUCUUACAUCUUCUGCGUUUUUUCCUUUGCCCUGUUCAUAGGUGUGUGUUUGCUUGGUUUUUCCAUAUUGUCAGCCGCUUCAUCACGUUUGGUUUCUCAUUUUUGCCUCACUUUUUCGUUCUGUUUCUAGUUAUUGUGGCUGUUAAAAAAAAUCAAUUUAAUGAUUCAGCAACACUUAUGAAGUUCCUCUUUGUGGGUGUUACUUUACUAAGUGCCAGGGAUGAAAGGGCAGAUUUUGCUUUGUUAUUAACUCAGAGCUUAGUUAAGGAGAUAAAUACUUAUGCAUAUGUCGACAGUAUGAGCGAUGUGGAAUGACAGUGGGACAGCGGGGCAGGGCAGGCUCCAGAGAUGAAGAGAUGGCCGAGCCAAGUUGAAGGGUAAACUGACUUCACCAGACAAAGUAAGGAAGGGCACCCAGGCUGAAGGACCAUGGGAGGGGCAAGCAUGGCUUCGUCUUAAGAAAAUAUAAACCGGGAAGUAGGAAACAGCACAAGACGAGGUGGGUGAGAGAGAAAGAUGCCAGGUAAGGUGCAGUGACGUGCCAGAGACCGUGGAGAUGGCAUUCUAAUUAAGAAACAGAAGCCAGGAAACUCCUAAACUUCCAGGUUAUGCAAUCGGAGAGUUGAUGAAAUGUAAGAGAUCAUCUCUGUCUCUGUCACAUUACCGAUGGAGAAGUGGGUUGAGAAUUAGUGUGUUUUCACUUCUUUGUUUAAAGAAAAUAAAUAUCAUCCACCUUGCAACAUAGUUGUGAGAAAUGAAACGAGGAAAUAAUAUCUUUAAAUCUCCUACUGUGAUACCCAGAUCACGGUAGUGCUUGGGAAAUGUGUCUCUGCUUCUGAAAUGAGGCUGCCUGGAAGACUCACUGAAACCCAAAGACAGUGUCUCUGCAUUUCACUCCCAGUCAUAGACUCCAGGUCUGAAUGUUAAAAUGCAGGUGGCUGUGAGGGAGUCUUCUGAGUCAUGCCAGUGUUUAAGGCAUGUGCUCUUUGUGCAUGUUCCUGCUUUCCCCAAAGCCUAUUGAAAGCAAGGGCCUUGUUUGCUAUUUUCUUUGACGGUGGGGGAUUUCUUUUUCUUUUUUUUUCUUUCCUUUUUUUUUUUUUUUUUUUUUCUGAGACCGAGUCUCACUCUGUCACUCAGGCUGGGUGCGGUGGUGCAAUCUCGGCUUACUGCAACCUCCACCUCCCAAGUUCAAGUGAUUCUCCUGCCUCAGCCUCCGAGGAGGUGGGACUACAUGCGUGUGCAACCAUGUCUAGCUAACUUGUACUUUUAGUAGGGACAGGGUGUCACUUUGUUGCCCAGGGUGGUCUCCAGCACCUGAGGUCCAGCAUUUCACCUGCCUCGGCCUCCCAAAGUGCUGGGAUUCCAGGUGUGAGCCACUGUACCUGGCCUCCAACAGAGGAUUUCAAUCAAUGCUGAGCAUCAAUUACACAUUGAUUGCCUCUGUGAUUGCAGGUAAAUAACACUGUUUUGGAGCUAAGUCACUCAUCAGAAGCAAGGACUCCUGGCAGAUGCCCAAAGGCAUUGACCAGUGGUUUCUGUCAUGGACAAAUUGCCAAAUGCAAAGCCUGAACCCCAGUCACAGAAAGAACGUAUUUAGCUUAUGUACACUUUUCUACAGCAUUACUCUUCAUGAUCCAACAACUCUGGUAUUAGUAUAACUAUAGGAACAACUUUUGUAACAUUAUCUUGUUAGCAGAGUACAUGAAUAAUUUGAAGUCAAAAUUCAGCUCCACGAAGAAUGCCAUAGUGAGAAAAUCAUGACAAAGAUUAGUCUUCCGUGAGAAGUUUGCUAAUUAUUCUUCGUUUAAUAAUGCCGUGUAUGAUGGCCUUCAUUAGAAUGAAUUCUUUCAACACCUGCUAUGCCUCUGUCACUUCAGACAUGCCUUCUCAUUUCCUUGGUAGUGUCUGCCCACCCAGGUGGUAAUUUCUGGUCAUAAGUCUAAUUCAGUAGAUAUCUGUGAACCCUUCACAAAGAGUAAUCUAUUAAAAAGGAACAAAAAAAAGUAUAUCUGUGAACUUAUUAAAUGACUUUAAUGGUAUGAAAAUCAGCCAUCAGACUUAUUAGUGUGGUUGAAUUUUCUUAAUUUAAGUGCUUUCUUGGUUAUUUUCUGUUGUUAAUCAUUAUUGUGUAUCCUUAACGUGCAGGAUAUGACACUGUAUAACAAGUGUUUUAAAAAUAUUUACAAUUCUGAUCUUAUAAAGAAAAAAGUUACAUAUGGUCAUUUGAACUAAUUGCUAAAAUGACACUACAUUAAUUAGAUAAUUAAGGGUCUGGAGCAUGCGGCUAUUGUAUUCAUUGGGCCGGAAGCCAACAUUUUCUAUAGCUGAGAAAAUGGGUUAGCAUAAUUCAAAAUUCAAUCGCUGUACCCUUUUUCUUAUGAAUAGAUAAUACAGAAUGAGUCUUAAAUCUGGAUGGGAAAAACUAACAGGAACUGGUUUUAUUUUAAUUAAGUUUUAAAGCACUUCUAGGCCAUCUCUUUGUCUGUAUAGUUUAACCCUUUGAAGUUGUGACUGCCAGCGUGCUAGGCUUCUCAUCUUACACAUUAAUGGUAAUGAUCUUUUUAGAUUUAUUGUAAACCUCUAGGAAUAUUUUUUUUUUUAAACCAAUAAAUGCCUUGAAACAUGGAAUCAGAGUCUCUUUCCCCUCGGGCCCCUCCUCCUGGGGAAUAAAUGCUACCCAUAGAUGGAAGUAGUUUAUGUCCGUACAUUUUUACGUGCUUUAACUUAUCAAGGUUAUUUGUCAGGAAAAUUAUCUCUUGUAACACGAGGCUCCCUACGUUUAGAUGACAGGACUUAAUACAAAAGUUUUUCCCAUACCAACUAGUAGUGUAAGUGGAUUUCAUAUCCUUUUAUUUUAUAAAGUUUUGCUUAUCAGGUUUGUCAUCCUCUAUUUGAAAUUAAAAUGUGUGGUUUCGAGAUGACCUUACAGUAACUGACCCCCAAAUCUAAUCACUCCGUGCGUCUCUGAAAAUCGACAAAUAUGUCAGGUAGAACUUGGGACAUCAAAACAUUGUUUUAAAUAUUUCAUUUGUAGGCAAGGCAAAGAUCAUUUUCAGGUUAGUCCUCUGAGAGGGAACGCUGGGUACAGGAACAUCUUUGGUUUCUCUGCUCUCUAAUCGACACUCAUUAUCUAUGGCUUCAUAUGAGCAGAAAGUGUACAUUUAUAUGUUCUGCAUGAGUGAAUUAUUGAUUGGAUUUAUGGCCAGAAGGAUGUUCCUAAGUGGUCAAUACAUAGCCAAGUGUGUCAGGUGAAGGUAAAAAUAAAGUAAGAGCUAUACUUUUGAUAGCAAUUGCUGUUGGAUUAUGUUAGGCUUGUCCUUUGAGGUUACUGUUGAAUAUACUUAAAAAUGUUAAUUAUAUUAAUUUAGAUAAGAAUGUAUUUUCUUUCUUUUUUUUUUUUUUUGAGACGGAGUUUCACUCUUGUUACCCAGGCUGGAGUGCAAUGGCACGAUCUCGGCUCACCGCAACCUCCACCUCCUGGGUUCAGGCAAUUCUCCUGCCUCAGCCUCCUGAGUAGUUGGGAUUACAGGCACGCACCACCAUGCCCAGCUAAUUUUUUGUAUCUUUAGUAGAGAUGGGGUUUCACCACGUUGACCUGGAUGGUUUCGAUCUCUUGACCUCAUGAUCCACCCGCCUCGGCCUCCCAAAGUGCUGGGAUUACAGGCUUGAGCCACCGUACCCGGCAAGAAUGUAUUUUCAAUGAGUAUUUCUUAUAAAUUGGAAGUAUCAAUGUUUUCUUACAUGUAGUGAUUUAUUUUUUCAAAAAUUGUGUUUGGUAUAUGACCUGACAUUGAUUGGCCUACCUUGAUUCUCUUUUGGUGUACGAGGACAGUUUUAAAAUGUGGAUAUAUUUUGCACAUAAUUAAAACAUUAUGUGUGGCUGGGUGCAGUGGCUCACGCCUGUACUCCCAGCACUUUGGGAGGCUGAUGUGGGUGGAUCCCAAGGUCAGGAGAUCGAGAACAUCCUGGCUAACACAGUGAAAUCCUGUCUCUACUAAAAAUAAAAAAUUGGCUGGGCAUGGUGGCACAUGCCUGUAGUCCCAGCUACCAGGAGGCGGAGGCAAGGGAAUCUGUUGAACCCGAAUGGCGGAGGUUGCAGUGAGCCGAGAUUGCACCAUUGCACUCCAGCCUGGGCGACAAGAGUUAAACUCCAUCUCAAAAAACAAAAACAAAGACCGUUAUGUGAAAUCCUUGUGUUUCUAAUUAUUUGUUGACCAAUGACAACUGCACAAAAAUGUCAUCAUUCUAUUGGUUGUUGAUUGAUCAGCCUUAGCUCGAUGCCUGUAUCUCCGCUUAGUCAUUCCUAGUAGGUGACUGAUGACCCCCUGCUUAACAGUAAGCUUGUUAUGCAUAAUUAGAGUUAUUAGAAAAGUCUUCAUCACAUUGAGCCAAAGAAAGGCUCCCAGCUGUUUCCAUCGGGGGUCCUUCUUCCACCCCUUGGUUGCAAAAUGCCCUGGAGACCCGUUACAUCCUAUACCAGUUAUGAGAGGCCCUUCCAGUGAUGUACCGAGAACCUCCUAUGGGAACCAGAGCUCUGCUAAUUUUGGGGACAAGAAAUGAUGAUAGUGCCUUGUCCUUGAGGUGUCUUAGUCUUAUGACCAAGUACAUGCUGUCAAAUGCAUAUUUGAUCUACUUAAGCUCAACCUCACUGGAGAGACCUAGGAACUUACAGAGUGCAGGUGAUUUAUCCAUUCCCCUCUCUGAGCAGAGCUCUUGAGAAAGAUAGGAGUUAGGAGAAGUGAAUCUUUUGUUUUUGAAGUCUUUGUACUUGUGAGUCUUUUAAUGGGAGUGUCUUGUAAUGCAAAGUCUUUAAAGUCGUGUUUUCUGUAAUCCCAGGAGGCUGUUUUAUCCUUUGGUUCAACCAAAGAACAGGGCCAAGCCAGAGUUGAAGCAACAGCUGAUUCUCUCGGUCCUCCUGAGAGAGAAGAUAUAACUGGCUCUAAAGGAAAUGGCAUUUCUGAGUAAUUCUGACAGUACUCAGAUCUGCUUCGUGUACCGGUUUUAGAAACUUACCUACUCAGUGUAAAACGAGAUGCCACUGUGGCAUCUUCAGAGGAAUUCAGAAGCAUGUCUUAAUGACUCCAUUAAGAAGAGUUCUGUUUCUGUUUUCUCUGAAAAGCAUCCCAGGUCAUAAAAUGUAAUGUGGGAUUGUUGGUUUUGUGGGAAGAUGCACUUGGCAGCAAUUCCUUGAGAGGAGGCCUGGAAAUGUCAGGGUCCCCCAUUCAUCUUCCCAAGCUGGGACUGACCCAGUGAUAAGAAAAUGAUAAUGCAGGUGCCUUCAAUGUCAAGCCAUCACGGGGAGGGUGGGGGGUGGCUUGGCCCAGGAACCCAUGCCCCGAUGUGGUGUUGGUAAUCUAGAGGGUUUUGAGUUAAGUGCUUUUGACAUGCAAAAUCAGAAGUCAAGGGCGAAGCUGCCUUUUAAAUGCUCUUUCUGAAAGAGUCCACUGCAGAUGUAAUUGAGCCUCUCAGGUGAAGAGCUUUAUUAGAGCAAAGCUGGUUAGUGUUGCAUACCUGUUUGGGGGAAUAUUUUAGGCAUCCUCACAUAACUACUCCGUGACAUUGCUGAAGGUCCCCAGCCUCCUUGCUCUUCACUUAAGAAGGAAAAUGCUGUUGCAGAAAUGUUGUCUAAGUUUUCCCAUUCACCGUGGCCCAAAUCAACCUGUCCCUUCCUUUUUUGAGCACAGCGUGUAAUUAGAAAGUUAUUCGUGUGUUUGGUGUAUGUCUUCCACAGUGGAAAGUAAGAUUCGUGAGAUCUAGGACCGUGUCUGUCUUGAUCAUUUCUGCUUCUCCAAGACUAACACAAGGCCUGGCGGGAUCAUCGUCACCAUCACCGUAGCUAAUAUUUAUUGCCAUAUAUACUUAUGUAAGACACUGUAAGAAGGGCUUUACAUGAAUUAUUCCCCCCCACGGAGUCAAGAGUCAAAAGCUAAUUGGCCAAGAUGAAAGUGUGUACAUCUUGGAAACCAAACGCUGGAAUCCUUAACCCCAGGAUGUGACUUUCCAGCCUUGGGAUUUCGCUGCACGUUGCUUAAUCUCUUGGCUUACAUUUCCUCAUCGGUAGAACUGAAAUAAUAAUUCCCAUCUGCUGAAUUUGCUGUAAGGAUUAAACACAAGGACUGAUCUAAGUCCGGCAUAUAAAGAGAGCCCAUUACAAGUGAACUGAGGUGUUAUUUUUAUAUAUACCUUACAGAGUAUGAGUGUCAGGCAUGCUAUUGAGUGAAAGAAGACAGAGUCUUAACAGAGUACAUUUUCUAUGCUAUCGUACCGUUUGUGUAAAGGUGAAAAGCAGGCAGGAAUUUUUCAUGGGAGAGGUCAGAAUAGCAGUUACCUUACCAGAGGAUGGUGAUCUUGAAGGGACAGGAAGGACUCUUGUGGUUGUACUGGAAAUUUUCCCUUCAUCUGGUGGGUGACGAUGAUUAUGUGGGUGUGUGCAUGUGUCAAAGUUCAUCAAGCUAUAAACUUAAUAUUUGUGCACAUUGGUGCGUGUAAGCAAUACCUCAAAACACUUAUUUGAGAGCGUUUUUCAUUCAGUGACAGAAUUUUUCUUCUACCUCAGUCUAAGCACAUAGUGGGUUUUCCCAGCAACCGGGGUUCCUGAGGGCUGGGUGGUGAAGAGGCAGGAAGGCUGAGAUGACCUCGUGACUUAAUUCCCUCUUCAGCUGAGGCCUCUACCCCUGGCCUGUCCAAAGGUAGUUAUAGAUCUUUUACUCAAAACUUGAACCUUAGAAGAAAUUCUUCAGCCAUGUCCCUGUGAACUAAAUUUAGUGUCAGAUUUACAAGGCUGUGGUUCUGACCACCCCCGGGCUAUUUCUGACCACACGGACAGCUUAAAUGAUGUGGCGCAUAAAAUGUAAUCUGCAAGCUCAGGCUGAAUGUCUGUCUAUUUAGGGCCAAGAGGAGACCAGGCCUUGGCAGCAGUUCUCCCUGCGGUAGGAUCUUAAGCUGAAUGGAGACCAUCACCCUGGUUGCUAGCCCCAGGAUGCUGGGAAUUCCUUAGCAUUCUGUCUCUUUGGGGAUCAGCCACUUAGUUGUGGGGUUGAUCCACAUAUCCACUGACUACCUCCCUAAAACUGGAUCCACUAAUGGGCCCCAACUCAGCUCUCACUGGCCAGGAGUCCUUGGAAUGGAUUUAGCAAGCCCAAGGCACCCAAGAGGCUCUCCUGAAAUUGUGUUUUCUCCUUGCUUUUCCUUAUGGUGACCCCACCAGGGCUCCUUGACUCAGUGACGACCCCUUCUCAAGUCACUUCACAGCACAAUCUGUUUUUGUUGUUGUUGUUUUGCUUUUUGCCUAGUUUGUGCUUGUCUCCUCCAUCGAGGCUUGGUUCUGGUCCUUUCCCCUGCACCGCCCAGGCAGGGGCGGAUUCCCGUAUCAUGGUGCACCUUGGCCUGAUGCUGUGGGCUCUGCAUUAGAACUCAUCUUCUGAAAUCUUUUAUUAUCUUGUGUUCUCAUCCAAGCUGUACAUCUUCCUUCACUUCGGAGACUGGGUGACCAGCGUGGUGGCUCAUUCCUGUAAUCCCAGCAGUUUUGGAGGCCGAGGGUGGAGAUUGCCUGAGCCCAGGAGUUUGAGACCAACCUGGGCAAUAUAGCAAGAUGUCAUCUCUAUCUAAAUAAGUAAAUAAAUAAAUAAUUAGGCCAGGUGCAGUGGCUCACACCCGUAAUCUCACACUUCAGAAGGCUGAGAUGGGAGGAUCGCUUGAGCCCAGGAGUUCAAGACCAGAUUGGGCAACAUAGCAAGACCCUUUUUCUUUAAAAAAGUAAAUUUUAAAUUAAAAGUUAAGAAGUGGAGGUUGCAGUGAGCCAAGAUCAUACCACUGCACUUCACCCUGCAUAAAAGAGCAAGAUCUUCCUUUUUUUUUUUUUCCCCCCCAAAAAAAAGAAGCAAAGAGAUUUGGGGGCAGGACGCCAUGAUAUAAUUACUGUAGGUAACCUAAGGCAAGAAAAUUCUCUCCAUGUCUCUGCUUCCUUCCUGGUGAAAUGGGGAGAUAAGAGUAGAUUUCUUCUUUAGUUUUACUUUUCUAGUUGAAGUCUAUUUAUCAUCCUCCAUACCUACCACCUGCCAGUUGCUGGAUUAGAUGCUGUUUCACUCAUUAUCCAAUUGAAUUCUCCAGCAACCUUGCAAAACACUUGUUAUGUCCAUUUUAGAAAUGAGAAAAUGGUGACUCAAAAGAUUAAGAAACUUGUUCAGUGUGACUAAGUCACAAUUUGAAUAUUAAGAAUAAUGAGCAUUUAUUAACUGCCUAUUGCACGUAUAGGAUUUUGCUAAAUGUUUCAUAUCAAUCAUCUCAUUUCAUCUCUAUCAUAACCCUAUGAUGAAAACGCCAUUAUUAUUUCUUUGAUAGAGCAGAAUUUUGAUUUAGAAAGGUUAAAUGAUGUGCCCAACAUCAUCUCUCUCUACCUGAUAGGUCUUUAAUUUCAGACUCAGGUUUGUGUGAGUCCCGAAGUCGUGCCGUUGUUACAAUAUACCAUGUUGCAUGACUUCGUAUCCUGGAUGGAAAAAUCCCCUCUUCCGCUUUUCUUACCGUACAAGAUAUGCCAAGAUUCUAUAGCAUCUGAAUUUGAAAACCUCUACUAAUUCACGAGGCAGUCUAUUUGAUAAUGGCAUGAUAUCGCUAGCACUCCUUUUUUAGAGAUAAGGUCUCAUCACUCUGUUGCCCAGGCUGGAGUGCAGUGGUGCAAUCAUAGCUCUCUGCAGCCUUGAUCUCCCAGGCUCCACGGAUCCUCUGGCCUCAGCCUCUUGAGUAGCUGGGACCACAGGCAGAUGCCACCAUGCCUGGCAAAUUUUUUUUUUAUAGAAAUGGAGUCUCCCUCUGUUGCCCAGGCUUGUCGUGAACUGGGUUCAAGCAAUCUUCCCACCUUGGCCUCCCAGAAUAUUGGGAUUUCAGGUGUGAUCCACCACACCAGGCCUAGUUAGUACUCUUUAAAUUUUUAUUUUUUUUUCUUUAAAUUUUUAAAACAACUUUUCAGAGAAAGCAACCAAAGGGAGCAUAACUCUGACAAGAAUUAAAAAGAAAAUAAAACAAUUCAGCAACUCUCUUACAGAGUUUUAUCAUCAUCCCAUUCAUAAUUGAUUGGAAACGUACAUGAAUCUUUCAAGAUAAGUGUCUUAUUGAUUAUCCUGAAAACAAGCGAUCACUUGGCAUCCUGAGAUUCGCUCACUGCCCUCCGCUGAUUACCGUAAACAGAGAUGUUGAUCAGAAGAAAUGUCACUUUCUUUGGUGUUGGAUCCAUAGGGCAUUUUGAGGCAUUGGGUAGGGAGUGGAGGGAGUGAAGUGGCCCAGGUAGGGAGGUGCUUGAUGGCUUGACCGUGGCCUUCACUUUGCCUUUUGAGGAGCUGGAAACAGACAUUUGUUGGACAUCUAAUACAGUCUUGAUCUGUUAUAUGAUCCUUCGGCAAGGACUUUUUUCCGGUAAGUGUGCAAAAUGUCCCACUGAAUGCCAAUUCAUUGCUGUCAGGCAACAUUAAGUCUCCUAAGUGACAUCCUUUUUCUGCAUGUUUGCUUAUGGUUAUGUAAAUCAAGCGGGCCUCCCCCUUGGAAAUGAUUGCAGUGUUUACAAGGAACUUAACCUGGUCUUCUGUAGUUAUGGGAAAUAGAGAAAAUACAAAUGUGACCUGCAAUUCAGUUCAGCAUUAUGAAGCUAUUGCUGCUCCCUGAGUGGUGGUCACAGCACUGCUCUGUGGCCCUAACCCUUGCAUUCCUGCUGGCAGGCCUUACAGGUGUGCAGAGAGGGUUAGUAUUGGCAAGGUAAAUGGAUAAGCAGGAAGUUUCCCCUGGGUGGCUCCAUUGCUCCAGGUGAAGCCCUUGAAAUACUCUCUGGGUGACAAUACCCUCAAAUUUGAAUAGGUUGUAGCAGUUGGCAAACAGAAGGAGACCACACUCAGGGGUUUUCAGUGCAGAUAAUGGAGAUUCCAGCCAUUGCAUUCAAUUCCCAGCCUGAUUUAUUGAGGCUGCCACUGGUGAAAUACUUGGUUUAUAUAUUGUGGGGCCAGGAUGGGGCUUCUCUGUACUCAGAUGAGGCUUGCUCUCAGGAAGUUUUCAUUUAGCAGUAAAAUCUGCCCUUUUGGGGCUCUGAAACUUAUUUUUGAAGUAGACUCACAACUUGGUUGCAGCAGGUUGGGAAGAGGAAUGAAACACUCUUACUACAAUCACAGAACUUCAAAAGCUGCCUGGAGGACCCGUUAGUCCAUUUUUCCUAAAUGCGGACACAGAAUCAGAGAAAGUGAUUCAUUCAUUCAGUCGCUUGAGUUCUUGUCUCGUGUUCAUUCCUGCUGAGAUGUCCCAGGUGCCUCUUAAUGCCUUUGACAUCUGCUAAGCGUAUUGAACUUAUCAAUGUAGCACCACGUUAUUGAGCAGCUACUGUGCACCAGAUGCUUAGCCUAUGCUUUUUGGCAUUAUUAGGUGAACCCAGAAUGGUCUCCGUGGAAAGGCACAGGUUUACCCAGGAUGGUGUGGUAGUGAUGGUGUGGUAGUGAUGGUCUUGGAGAAGAAGAGGAGAACCUUGGACUUCUCAGGAAGAAGUGGCGGCUCCCUUGUUCAUUUCUUAUCGCUACUGUUUAGCAGACACUCUGCAAACCCUUUUUCUGGGAACAUGGCCAUCAUACAAGCAAAUGAGACAUCUAUUUCAUCUGAACCAACCAUGUUAUUUUGACCCUGUCAGUUACCUGUAGAUUCUCCCACCAUUGUACUUGUUUCUUUCUCAACCAAUUAUAUUUUAGCUCUCAAGUUUUGACAAGCUUGAGUCUAGUAUUUCUAUUGGGAUCCAGGGAGCAUAUGUAGUGUUCUUUCUUGUUUUUUUUUUUUUGAGUUUCUUAUUGCGGUAAAUGCUAAGGAGGGAACAGAGGGAGAAGGAGAGAGGAAAAGCAAAGCAAAACAAAAUAGAAGAGCAAAAAUGAAGAGCAUUUAGUCGAUUCUGCAUUGGUCCUCCUUGCUGGGGAGCACACACCAGCCAGGUCACCUGAUUCAUCGAAUUGUGAUUUUACUGACAGUCAUUUCCACCCUGUUGGUAUCCUCAGAGGUUGUCGUGAAUGGGGCUGAUGCCAUCUUUCACUAGCUCCAUGUGGCUGGCUCUUCUAUCCUGGCACUCCUUUCCUCGUCGUCUCCCCAGCCUCCCUGAGAUUCUCUAUGGCACACGUAGCCCGUCUUGGCAGAACCUGCCACUCUUCAGCGCCUCCCUGGGGCCCUCGCUGGGGCCCCUGGUCAAGCUACAGUAGAGAGGUGGUUACUUAAGCAGUAGUUCCUGAUAGAGACAUAAAGAUGACCCCUAAUUGGAUGAUAAAAUGCCCCAAUUGCAUCUAAAAACAUAGACUUCUGUGGGGAAAACUGUAGCUUACAGCUCUUUACUUUCUUUUGGUUUCUUCUCAUUUAACUGUUUUUUCAUCUCUCUGCUGGCUUUCCCCCCCAUCUUUCUCCUUUCUGUAGAAUAAAAUGUGGACCAUUCACUAUGAUGCUAUUUCUUAGCUGGAAGAUAAGAAAAGAUGGAAAAAUCUGGGGGAAUGGGACUUUCCUUAAGGAGUUGGUGUUUCCCAAGAGCAUUUCACAAUUAGUGUAUCUUCUACUUUACCUGAAGUCUGCAGUCACUCAACAAAUUUUGUGCUGUUUUAUGUGUUAGGCACUGUGGAAAUCAAUGAACUAUGAUUCCUGUCCUUAAGGAGAGAAACACAUACAGGAUAGGAAAAUCGUUUACCAUAUCUAGUAGAUAUAAGGCAGUCAGCUAAGAAUUGCAGAGGAAAUCAAGUGUAUUGAAUAUUAUCUCUCUCUCUCUCUCUCUGUAUAUUAUAGAUAGAAAUAAAAUUUAUUUUACAAAUAAAAUAGAAAUGUAUUUCUUAUGGUUCUGGAGGCUGGGAAGUUUACGAUGCAGACAGGUUUGGUGUCUGGUGAGGGCUGACUUCUAUGCUUCAAGAUGGCACCAUGUUGCUGUGUCUUACAUGGUGGAAGCAAGUGUUUGAAUAUUCUAAGAAUCUGAAGGUAACAUAGUAUUAUGGAAGAUAUAUCCAAGAUGGUGGCAAUGGUCAAGGAGGGUGCAGGUGAAGCAUGUAACCUUCAGCUUUUGUAUUAUUUGAGCUUCUCACUGAAAAAUAAAUAGGAUUAUCCCAGUUGGGGAAGAGGGAAAGGAUUUUCGCGAGCAGAUUAGAGAAGUAACAUUGAAAACACAAAGUGUAUUUCCUGACAGAUGGUAGCACUAGGUGUUGAGGAGACGUAACUAAGUUCUCCUGCAGUUUGUGUGUUAAGGCAAACAGAAAUGUAACUCAGUAAAACAGUUAAGAAAUUUAAGGCCUUUGGAGAGCGUAAGUAUCGAGAAGGCACAUCUUCUACAUGGUUGGCGGGCAGAAGUUGCAAGGUCGGGUAGAGGGGAGGAUCAGUGCCAGGUCUAGUGGGUUUCCUUUGCAAGACCUGCUUUCUAGCAGAUCAAGGUGUAAGCCUCCAAUGGGAGGUGUGCCUGGGAUAGUUGCAGAGAAGUGGUUCAGAGCUCACACUGUAGAGUUUAGACAGUACCAGCUGCCGUACAGGACACUACACAUUUCUAAAUUUGAGUUUCUGCACAUGUAAGGAGCAAUAAUAUGACACCUGCUCAUUCCGUUGAAAUGCUCUGGGGUGCACAUGCAAGAAAGUCAACUCACAGUGACUCCACCAAGUACGAACAUGUGUUAUCUCCCCUAAUCCGAAGUACAGAAGCCACGUGAUCAGAGGUGGCAUGCCGUAAUCGGACUCUGCUUCUCUGAGAUUCUCUAUCAGUUUUUCCCUCAAUUUUACCCUUUUUCCUUUUUUCAAAAUGGUUGUAUCAUGUCUGGACAUCAUAACCAGAUAGCCUAUUGCUAGACAAAAAAGACACCUUCUCUUCCUGUAUGUAUCUCUCCGGAAUAAGGUUACCUUUCCCCGAGGCCCCUCAGCACAUUUAUGCUGACAUCUCAUUGGCCUGAAGUGUAUCAGCUCUAAAUAGCCUCAAAUGAAGUAUCUGGGAUCACCAUGAUUGGAUGUUUAGGCUAUGGAAGAGCCACAGGCCAGUACACAGCUGUCUCCAGUGAUCAGCACAUAGACCACUGGUCAGAGGUGACAUGCAUGAUCUGGCUCUUUUUCUCUGAGAUUCUCUGUCAGCUUUUCCCUCAGUUUCACCUUCCUUUCUCCUUUUAUCAAGGAGGUGGCAGCACUUCCAGACAUCAUAACCAGAUAGCCUAUUGCUAGAGAAAAAAGAUACCUUCUCUUCCUAUAUAUGAGAGCCCAAGAGUGAGACCAUUUCUCACACUCUCCACUCUCUGAAUUCCCCCUUCCCUCACAUCCGUCCCUAUUACCCAGAGCCUCACUUUAGGGUCCUCAUUAAGAGAUUGAUGAGGCAGACAAAUACCAACUUUAACAUGAGACCAUUGGGUUUCAGAUUCAGGUUACCACUAUUUAUCUUUUCUGUAACCUUAAAUGAAUUGCUUGAGUUCUCUGAGUCUCAGCUUACCAAGCUCUAAAAUGGGCAUAACCGUAUCAGUUUGUUUUUUCUAUUAUGGGGAGAACAGACUUAAAUAACGAAUGUGAAGUCCCUGAUUGAGUAACUGCCUUCUGAAGACAGAGGCUGAACUGCCUCAUUGGACGGGGAGGCCUGGGGUUUUUUACCUAGUGCAAUGGUAGGCGAUGACAAAACUGAGCAAAGAUGUAACUAGAGAAAAGGUACUCAGUGCAGCCUCUGCGAGCUUCUGCCACUUCCUCUAGUUUUCUAGAAAACCACCGCUGAUCACUCUCUGUCCAAAUGAGCUCAAGUGACCAUAACCACCAGUAUUUGUAACAAUGCACCUAUUGACUUCUUAUUUCACUAGGUAUCCAGAUUUAUUAUCCCUCAAGGUAAGCAUUGAUUUUACCUUUGUCUCAGUCAAUAUUUACCUCUGAGGUCAAUACAUGUGGAUAUUCACCUCAGCUGCAGUCAAUAUCCAUUUCGUAUUACAAUAUAUGAUGUGCAUAUGUGAAAAUAGAGAACCCCACGGUACAAAAAGGGUCUGGUAGUCAAGGAAGCUUCCUGCAAAACGGAUGCGUUUUUUUUUUUUUUUUCUGGUUUUUUGCCUGUUUGUUUUUACUGUAUCCCUCUUUGGAGGUCAAAUUCUAUUUCACUAAAUGGGAAAUAGGUGUCUUCUGCCAAUAGGUGGAAUUUAGGGAAGGGUAGCAUGAUAACAAAUAAACAUUCAAGCGGCCACUUAAUGAUACUGAACUGAACACCAUUUCUCAGAAGUCCCUGCAUUAAAUGAGAGCCAUAAGAACACACACAUGCAUGCAUAUUCCACGUGUGAUGAGAAUGGAAGCGUUACAUAGAGCUCAGAGUUCUUGCUCCAGCCCCUGCGCUUGCAGAGAAUCAGGUGUAUGAAGCAGGAGGAGGAAGACAAGAAGCAGCAGGCAAAGAAAAGGAGGAGGAAGCAUCAGGGGAGCUGCUUUUUUAUUCUCCAAGCCAGAGCUGGAAAACAAGGCCUGGCAUACUUCGGCAGGCCUGGAUCAGAGCCUAGGUGUGUGAAUUAGGAAUUGCAUUUGGCUGCUACUAACAAGGACCCCGUCAUGGUGGUAAAUUCUUCCACAUAAAAGAACAGAAAUAAGGUGUCCCGGGCUGGAGUGGCCACUCCACCAUCAUUGAUGACCCAGGCUUCUUUUCUCUUUCUGCUUUGUGAAUUGCUUCCAUCUUCAAGAUUACUCGUUGUCCAGAAUGACCAGGCAGCAAGAAAAUGAACAGGACGAGAGGGCCCCGACUUCCUGCCUUUUGAAGAGCUUUCUCAGAAGCCCACUCAACACUAGUGCUUCUCUCUUAGUGGUGGUGAUUUAGUUGCUUGACCACAGCGAGCUGCCAGGGAGGCUUCAGGAAAACUUGAUCCUGAUUUUUUUUUUUUUUUUUUUUUUUGGUAGAGAUGGGGUCUCACUAUAUUAUCCAGACGGGUCUCAAACGAUCCUGCCACCUCAGCGUCCCAAAGCGCUGGGAUUACAGGCUUAAACCACCAAGCCUGGCCUGAUACUUUCUUGUAACUGGUACUUUCUUGUAACUGGCAGUUUUGUCUGCCCAGCAUUUCCCCCCAUCACGCUUGCACUAUCCCGUUUUCCUUUGACAGGCACCUGUCUUCCUCUUCAGGGCUGAUUGCAAAAUCACAGCCAUUCCUGCCAGCUGUAGAGGUGGGCGCAUGAUCCAGGUCAGACCAGUCACACUUCCCGGUUCCCGGCCACAGUGCUUGAUGGAGGAAUGAGCACAUAUAACACCAGCACAGUCCAAGCCUUUCCAGGGACUUGGCUGCCACAGUUGAUGUGGGAGGCGUUCGCAUAACUUCACCGCACACAGCUAAGCUGGUGAUCCUGCCUCUGGGGAGCAUCUUUCCGGGGUACCACAGAGGAAAACUGUUGCAGAAAAAAAAAAUUAGACUGAUAGACAAAGAGAAUCAGAAAGGAGCAGAGAUGAAACAGAGCCAGCAGGAGUACAAGCUGAGGCUAUCCUGGGAGCCCCUAGGUCAGCUGGCCCAUGCAUUUGUAAGCUGUAGACAACCAACCAUCAUCUUUGGGUUCCUUCUUUAGCAAUUGGCGUUGGAGGUGGAUGACCUUAGUUUGUGUCUUCGUCUCACCAUUAUUAUAUCCAGCUUGUGUAACCAGAAACACUAUUUAAAUCUCAGUUGCGUCUCCCCUCAAUUGGGAAAAUACCGCGAGGCCAAGCUGCGAUCAUGUUUAUGAAGUCCACAGCAAGAGCAUGAUAAAGUCUCUUCUCAACUUCUUCUCCCGGCUUAUUAAUGCCCAUCCUUUAACCUGUCCUCUGCUUUAUCUCUUGGAAUCCUUAGGGCCGUUUUAACCUCAUAUAGGAAGCAAACUUAUGUGUAUGUGUGAGUGUGCAUCAAUUCCUAUGGCCCUCUGCAGCCUUGCAAAGUCAAUUCCGGAGAUUUCCCUAGACUGUGUUUUUUUUUUCAGCAAUACUCUGCAGCAACAAAACUCGAUCUGCUCAUAUUUUUGCAUCGGCUGCAGCAAAACCUGUCCUCUUUGUGGUACCUAACUCCUGACAAAGAAGGCUGAGGAAAGGCCUCUGAACUUGUCCUGUUCUCUCUUGGCUGGGCUUGCCAGCUGGCACACAGCAUGCUCUGACCACUCUGCCAUGGUGCAAAUCCCUUACAGAGAGUCUAAAUCACCUUGCUCGAACUCAUCAUUUUCAGGUGGCAUAAGCCAUGGUAUCCCCGCCUCCUUUCCUGGUUGUUUCCAGAAAGAGCUGAUAGUGCCAGUGCGGUGGUUCUGUAUUCUACAGGGCAGCUUGGGGCCUCAGGGCUUGUCGUGGGCCACAUCUGGCUCCUUUGUCCCCUUUUAUAACUCAUAGGCUACCUCCAACUUGACACUUAUUUAAGUUUUUAUUUAUUUUAUUUAGCAUUCAGAGAACUCUAUAGCCUCAGUCUCUUGGGAUGUAAAUUAAAGCAAUUUCAUUUUCAUAUUUCUCUGUUUCAAAUCCCUCAUUGUUUAUUUAAAUAGCAGCCGACGCACAUUGCAAGUAAAGAAUUAUAAUUAAGGGAACCAGAAGGGCCUGUCUCUCAGGAAAACGGUGAUUUCCUUUCACAAUAACCCUGUCCUUACUGUUGAAGACUUGUGGAAGAGGGACAUGGCCCAGGGAAGCAGGGUGGUUUGAGGAAAGUGCUUUGUCAAGAGGCUUGGGCACCCAGGGGUAGAAUCUGCCAUGUGCAUUGUUCACAGAGGUAGUUGCAGGAGAAGACUUUGCAAACCUUGCAAAAGCAACCUCUGAGGAUGGGUACACAUAGACUUCAUGGCAGGCUGCUGAAAUCGAUUUGGAGUCAGAUAUCAUAUUCCCACCAGGAGGUUUAGCGAUCGUGGGACCCGGAAAGUGGCAAGGCAGGAGUUUUUUUCCUUUUUCCUGAAUCUGGAACCAAAGCCUGUCUUUUUCUUGGUCACAUCUGAGUCUUCUCCUUGCCUCAGUCCUCCCCGCUGGCAGCCACAUGACCCCUGCAUCCUUCCUGCCUGUGGAAUGCAACAUUGGUUGGGACCAUGCAUUGAUCAAAGAUCUGUCAUGUCUUUGCGACUAACAUGCUCACUCAUGACUUCACGUGGCUGUGUACGAGACCACAUCUUUCAACGGUGAGGUCCUCAGUCUCUCCCUCCCCAGCACAUGUAACUAUCAGAAAUAUACAGUGUCCUUAAGACAGGGCAGGCAGGGCCACCUACCCCCCAUCGGCCAGUGGGGAUGUCUCGAUGGUGGGCCAUACUCAGAGUGGCCCUGGGAUGGCUCCUCAGAUAGCUGCUGGCAGAAACCAGAACUCAGUACGUGUAUACAUGGCGUAAUGAUCGAAUCAAGAUAAUUAGCAUAGCCAUCAUCUCAAACAUUUAUUAUUUAUGAUGAGAACAUUGAAAAGCCACUUUUUGAGCAAUUUGGAAAUAUGCAAUGUGUUGUUAACUAUAUUCACCUUCUGUACAACAGGACACCAGAAUUUAUUCUUCCUAUCUAAAAUAUCAAAUAAAAAUAAAAUAAAACUAGGCCAGGCAUGGUGGCUCAUGCCUGUAAUCCCAGCACUUUGGGAGGCUGAGGCAGGCAGAUCACAAGGUCAGGAGAUCAAGACCACCCUGGCCAACAUGGUGAGACCCGUCUCUACUAAAAAUUCAAAAAAUUAGCUGGGCUUAGUGGCACAUACCUGUAGUCGCAGCUACUCAGGAGGCUGAAGCAGGAGAAUCACUUGAACCCUGGAGGCAGAGGCUGCAGUGAGCCGAUACCUGCCACUGCACUCCAGCCUGGGCGGCAGAGCAAGACUCUGUCUCAAAUAAAUAAAUAAAUAAAUAAUAAAAACAACUGAAAAGAAACCUGAGCUCAGGAGAGUAGAAAAGGGGGUAAGACAUGUACUCAGGAUGAGAAAAAUGCUAAAUGGUGGGAAUGAGAAGUUUUGUUCUUUUUGUUCUUUCUGCUCAUUUUUUAUAUUCAAAGUUUCUAAUCAUGUAUGAUGUGUGUGUGGAUAUAUAUAUUAUACAUGAUAGGCUUUUUUUUAAUGUGAAAGAAUAUAAGAAAAAAGGUGACAUCUUUUGAUGACAUCAACAAAACAAAAGGUGAUAUCCGAAGUCUCCCCGUGUGGUUAGAUACCUUGGGUUCACCCUCUUCUUCUGUUCAUUUGUUUCAUGCAAUAGAAAUGUUUUGAGAUCCUAUGUGGCCGGGGUCUGUGCUAGGCCUGGGUCUACAGCAGUCCCCUGUCAGGGUCUUGGCCUGACAAGAGCAUAUGUUAUGCUGGGGAAGAUGUGCAUCGGUGAAGAUGUAAUCAGGAUCACGGUGGGAUGACGGGCUGCUGUGGCCACCCACAGCAGGAGUAGCCAGCCCCGCCUCAGCAGAGCACAUCAGAGUGCUGAGGUGACUUCCAAGAUUGAGGUUGGGAGGGUCGUGACAGGUGUGCAAGAUAGUGUUUUUCAAGACUGGGGACGUGAUAGGUGUGCAAGGACCAGCCAGCUGGAGUAGAGGACACCCAGACAUAUGGGACAUGCUGAUUGCAGGACCCACUUUUCAGGGGGAACAUGGACUUUGUAGUUAGAAGCCAGCAGGGAGAUCCAGCUGUAGGGUAAGCCAGGCCUAGUGGAAAGUAAGCCCAGCCCUUUCAUUAAGUGGAUGAAGGGUACAUGGUGAGUGCACAGCCAUAAAAAUAAAAUCAUAAAAAUCAGCAGGGUUUCGGCUGCUCUGAUCUCUCUACUCUGAUCUCAGCAGUGAUGGGGCUGGCUUGGAGGGUUGGGGAUCACACGCACACAAUCAGCCAACUCUCCAAAGCACCCCGCAUACUCUCCUGACACCGUCCUCAAGAAACAUGCAGUCUAAGUAGUAACCAUGUUCUAGCUAUGCAGAUGCAAUUUAACGGCAAAUCCUUUGAGCCCCCAGCAUGCCAUCCCCUCCCAGCCUCGCUGCUGCUCCAGGCCGUCUUCCGCAUGGAAAUGCUGGAGCCAGGUGCUUACAAUCUGGGCACUACUAUCUUUAUGAAAACUGCUCCUGAACUAAUGCUUUGUUUAUUUUAACUGGUGCCUUUAUAGAGAGAAAACAGCUUAGCAAGCAUUUAGUAGGGUAGAUCCACAGUCUCUGGGAGCCCUUGGGAAGUGCAUAGGAGCUGUUUGCAUUGCUUUUUCACUCCUUCAUAUAUUAAUCAAGGAGUCAAUCAGUUAAACAGAUACUAUCAGCACCUACUGUGUGCCAGGCGGUGUACUUGGGGCCACAUGCACUGCUGAUUCAUCCAUUUGGACUGUACAGGGGCUUUUUUCCCAUUACUGUCAUUUGGGUAGGCAGUGAGUCCCUACAUCAUGGGGCAUUUUCUCUUGCACCAUUUUCUGAGCCACAUCCUUGGUCCACCCAUCCCACUACUAUAUGCUUUGCUUUCUGCUUUCAGAAACAAUACUGGUGACCUGUUUUAAGGAAAGUUAAAUAGCCAGAACUUAGAUUUUUCUGGAAACCUUCAAAUCAGCCUCAUUAGAUUAAAAGAAAUUUUUCUGUUCUCUUUCAUCUCUCAUGUUUUUAUGCUUUCCAAACCCCUAAACUGUGGUGCUACAGUGAUCUUCUAUAGCACGAUUUGAUAGUCAAUACUUGCUUAAUGGGAGUCACAAUAUAUGAGAUUAUUUUAUAUAUAUAUAUAUUUCCUUGAAUAUGCUGAAUGUUUGCUAAGCCCUCCCCUUUUUUUUUCUUUUUUAAAUUCAGAAAUUUCUAGUUGUGUUUAUUCCCCUCGUCAGCAUACUUUAUCAUAUCAAAGCCUUUUCAGACACUGUAAAACUACUGAGUUAUGUUUGGGUCAUGUUUUGCGGUAUGCCCUUUAAUACUGUAGCUUUAGAAAUGCAAUUUUCAGCCUCUGCUUAUUAGAAUAUGAUAAAGUAUUCCUGGUCUGUGUCCAGCUCCACUAAUCUCCAGACUGCGCUUCAUGAAUUAAGCAUGAAGAUUUUAGUCAAUGUGCUUUCAAAGACCAAUGUUUAGGGAAUCAUGGAUUUUCUACAAGCUGAGGGAGAAAUCUAUAAUAGGAGGAACUGAUUUUCAAACAUCAUCUUCUCAAGAAGAAAUGACCGGUUCUGGCCCAGAAACAGAAAAUAUUUCACUAUCAGAAUAUUCUAGAACCAGUUAAAACCACAUUGUGCCGUUUAGUUUAAUAAACGGAUUGUGUUUUAAGAUGUGUAAGACUGCCUGUCACGUGGGAGGAUUUCAAAUGACUGCUUAUUUUGGAACGCUCAUGUAGAUUGGGUUAAAACCGAGAGGAGAAUGCAAAUUGAAUUUAUAAGGUAUUAUUAACUUCUUCCUCUUUCCCACUCCCUGCCCCCUGUGCAUUUUGGUUCAUGUUGCUCUGAUACAAUUCAGCAAAGAGCCGGAUACCUCUUGCCAUGGUGAGAGCUUACUUGGGGAAGAGACUUUGACCAGGCAAGCCCCGGGGUCGACGCCAUCGGAGACAUCAACACGUCUCCUGGUUUGGUGCAUUUUGUGGCAGUCAGCAGGCAAACAUUUUGAAUAUAAAUCUCCUUUCAAAAAAUCACAGCACUGGUUGACACAGGGGCAUUUGUCCACUUAAAUGCAGAAGGAGAGUUAAUAUCCCAGUGACUACAGUGUGCCUAGAAAGGGCACCGGAGGCAUUUUCAUCUGGGGCAGCCCCUGGAGGCUUGGCUUUUGUGCUUGGUGACACCUUAUCUGUCCUCUUCAUUGUCACCUUCAUACAAAUACAUAGCUUUUAGUGAGCAGCUACUCUGCCUGGCACUGUUCUAAACACGUGACACCAACAGCUCACUCAAAUCUCUUCUUAACAGGGAAACUGAGGCAGAGGGAGUUUCAGUGACACACUUAGGCAACUAGUAAGUGGCAGGGUUGGCAUCGAGGUCAAGACUGAUUGGACCCCAAACUUUGAACACUCAAACUCCACAUUGGGGCUCGCCAUGUGUUUCAUGCCAGGAAGGUGUCCGAUUAGAAUCUGAAUGCCAGCUCAAGCUGCUCUCAGCUAAACUCCCGGGGUUGCUGAUGGAGACGCUCAUCCCCUCCUCCAGUUCCUGGGUGAAGACAGAAAUGUAAAUCACCUCCAAUAAGGGGGCUGCUUCUUGCACGUUUUCCUUCAGAAAAAGAGAAAAAAAUCCCAGCUUCGUCUGACUUUAUCUGUGAACCUCUGGGAUCUCUCAGGGGCUUUAAAUUAAUCAAUCCAUCCACAGACACUGAACUGAAUCUCCACCUUGGGCUUGAGACUCUACAAAGUGCUUUAAGUGGGAAGGAAACCAAAGGGCCUGCUGCCCUGCCGCCGCUAUAGCCCCAGGCUGCGGCCAUGGCUGGGGAAUUGGCCUGUCAGUUCAAUCACACAGUCCUUCUGACUGGUGUUUUUCACUAAGCUGGCCCCGCAGACAGCCCUGGUCAUGUGUAGACACGGCCUCAGGAGGGCCACAUUCCUCUCAUUUCCAGGCCUCACCAUUUAAUUGUUCCUGACACAGUUUGGGGAGAAAUGCACUGAAACCUAAGCCUGCCAAUCACCAUUGGCUCCUCAGUCUCUGAGUGGCCCCUGAAGAGAUAGGCUGGACCAGGGGACAUCCACAGAUGCCUUGUGUUUAGGAAGCGGGGUGUGGGGAACAGAGGGAUAAUUGUUACCACUAGGCGACAGGGGGUGCUGAAGGGAGUCUUGGUCUCUGCACUCUGGGUCUUGCCAAAACAUCUGGAAAUGGGAAUGGUGUCUGUCUUGAGGAAGGGACAGUGAGCUCUCUACAUGACAGUGGCUGAACCACCCCUUUCUAGGACUCAAAGGUGCCAUGGGGCUGAAUUAGUCUCUUUUCUUGCUGCUAAAAAGACAUACCCCAAACUGAGUCAUCGAAACAGGAAAGAGGUUUAAUGGACUCACGGUUGCACGUGACUGGGGAGUCCUUACUAUCAUGGUUGAAGGCAAGGAGGAGCAAGUCAUGUCUUACAUGGAUGGCAGCCGGCCAGGAAAGAGCCUGUGCAGGGAAACUCCCCAUUAUAAAACCAUCAGAUCUCGUGAGACUUAUUAUCACCAGAAAAGCAUGGGAAAGACCCGCCCCCAUGAUUCAGUUACCUCCCACCAGGGCCCUCCCACAACACAUGGGAAUUGUGGGAGCUACAAUUCAAGAUGAGAUUUGGGCAGGAACACAACCAAACCAUAUCACGGGGUCACCUGUAGGUUACUGUAAAUAAAAGAAACAGACCAGGUGGAGACAGCAUCGCUGGAGGGGGAGCCCCGGGUAAGGGAAAUAGACCCCAGCUUCAGCCAUUUGUUACUGAGUUGUUUUUAGCAGAAUCAAGGAUUUUUAUGUGUCGUCAUCUACAUUUUAAGUAUUCUUUUCUUUUCUUCCCCGACCCCCAACCCUCCAUGGAUUAAAGCAUGCAUGCCUACAGAGUGAAAGGCGAGGGUGGGAUGCCUCUUAUCCUAGGGACCAUCCUUGUUUUGUGGGGCCAAAGUCCAGCCACUUAAAGGACCUGUCUUGUGACUGCACAGUUACUCAGUGGCAUAACUGAGACUAGAAUCUUCUGGAUUCUUCGAUUAAACCCUAGUAGCUGAUGAAACUGCCACAAAAUGACAGCAGGACAAUAGAGCCCUGAAAGCCUAGUAAACCCUGAACUCCCGACACUGAGAAUUGUAGGUUUGACUUCUCCGUACGGCCACCCUGGGAGCGCUCAAUCCUUUGAACCGAAUGUUUAGAAUGGGCUCGGAGGUCACUGAGUGGGUGACUCACGCCUAGAAUCCUCUGCCUAACGUGGCAGGAAGAAGCCUGCAUGAUACUGUGGCCUUCUCAGUCUUUGCUGAGCAUCUGUAAUCUGUAGCUUUGGAUGUACCUGGGCAAGGAGACUGCCUUUCCCUCUAGAGCCUCCGCCAUCCCUUUGUCACUAUUUAAAGCAUUGUCUGUGCCCUCAACCUUGUUCAGUUUCCACAGAAUACUUGGGGCAGAGGUGUAAAUACCCUGAUUUUAUGGGUCAGGCCUCCAGGACUCAGGGAGUGUAAGUGAUACGGCUCCUUGCACAGCAGGGAUACAGAGGGAAACCCAGAUUCGCCUCUCUGCCGCCCAAACAGAACUCCUUUAUCACCAAGAUUGCUUUCUUCUUCAGUGCCACCUGCCUCAUUUUACUCAUCCAGAAGGAAUGGGUCCCUCUUUGCUUCUCUGGGUUUUUGUGAAAAGCAACUUGCAAACUCUGAGUUCUGUGGACAGUUGGAGACACAUCCAGGAGAGACAUACAGGCUUAGCUCUAGAAGGAAGUGGGGAGGACACAGGAGCUUCGGGGCAGCUGUGUUGUCUUCCUUGACUGGGGUGUAGGAUUUCCCCAGCAGAGAG